AUGCAACGAGAAAAUUCGAAUCCGUACCAGCAACAGUUGCAGCAGCAGCAGCAACAACAGCAAACGCAAAUGCAAUCGCAUCAGGAAACACAACAAUACUCGAGCCAACAACAAUUCUCGAGCGUGCAGCAGCAGCAAAGGAUUAGCCGCACCGAACAGCGCACCGUCCAGAGUCAGCAAGUCACUCAGCAAAGAGUACAACAUGUUGGCGCAGGCGGUGCCUACACUCCGCCCGCACUGACUCACGUCUAUGGUCAAGGCGAUAUUUCACCACCGAUCUUCGAGCAAAUUUUCAAGAAUGCCCGUUUCGCUCAGGGCGGCAAUGCCCUGUUCGAGGGUAAACUUCGUGGCAAUCCAAAGCCAUUCGUUUCUUGGACCCGAAAAGGCGCACCACUUCUCGAGUCGCAAAAGUUUCGUAUGAGCUACAAUGAGGCCACCGGUGAAGUGUCGCUAUUGAUUAAUCAAAUCGGACCCGGCGAUGAGGGUGAAUACACUUGUACCGCGCGCAAUCAAUAUGGCGAGGCCAUAUGCAGUGUUUACAUUCAGCCAGAGGGCGCACCAAUGCCUGUACUGCAGCCUGUGCAAAAAUUCGAAAAGUCAUUGUAUACCAACGGCUAUUCGUACACUUCCGUCGAGGAGGAGUUCCGUGUCGAUACAUUUGAGUAUCGUUUGCUACGUGAAGUGCAAUAUCGUGAGGCUAUUACACGUCGUUCGGCAUACGAGCUGGACCAAUAUCUGACGCAAGAAUUGGAUCGUACUAUGGGUCCAGCACAUGCGCCACAAAUUAGUCAGAAACCACGCAACUCGAAACUUAUUGAAGGUUCUGAUGCUGUUUUCAGCGCUAAGGUUGGCUCUAAUCCCAAGCCACGCCUAACUUGGUUCCAUAAUGGACAACGUUUGGUAGCAUCGCAAAAAUACGAGACCACUUAUUCCAGUGGUAUAGCAACGUUGCGUGUUAAGAAUGCCACCUACCAGGAUGCUGGUCAUUAUACAUUGCUCGCCGAGAAUACACAGGGUUGUGUAGUCUCGUCGGCCGUUUUGGCUGUCGAACCAGCUGCCGAAACCGCACACGAACCGAAGCCUGUCGAUGUGACGGCUGAGCAAUUGGAAGCUGGUAAAGCCUUACCACCCGCCUUCGUUAAGGGUUACACCGAUCGCGAGGUCACCGAGGGACGCAUGACACGUUUCGAUUGUCGUGUGACUGGUAAUCCCUAUCCGGAGGUUAUUUGGCUGAUCAACGGUCGUCCUGUCAAAGACGAUGUGUCGCAUAAAAUACUUGUCAACGAAUCUGGUAGUCACUCGUUGAUGAUUACCAGUGUUAGCCGUUUGGAUAGUGGCGCAGUACAGUGCUUGGCGCGCAAUAAGGCUGGUGACGUUGCCAUCGAAGCGCAAUUGAAUGUGUUGGAGAAGGAACAAGUUGUCGCACCACAAUUUGUGCAACGCUUCAGCACAAUGACCGUACGUGAAGGUGAACCCAUCACCAUGAGCGCCAACGCCAUUGGCACACCCGUGCCACGUAUUACAUGGCAAAAGGACGGUGUGCAGAUUACAUCGACUGCUGAACGUUAUAUCGGUAUUGAUGGUGGCGCUACAUGCUUGGAAAUUCCACGCGUCAAAGCCACCGAUGCCGGCUGGUAUCAGUGCACAGCACAAAACAUUGCCGGUUCGUCUGCGAACCGUGCUAGACUCUAUGUAGAAGUACCCAGAGAACAACCAACGCCUGAGCAAAGACGUCUCAAUUUGCCGCGUCCAACGAAAGUCAUCGAACCAGAGCCCGUGCCUGGUCCAGAGAUAAUUUACCUACGUCAUGUAGAACGCGCAAAGCCACACUUGCGCCCUGGUGAGGAAGAUCGUGUCUACCCACCACCACAAUUUAUUAUACCAUUGCAAAAUGUGCAACAGGUCGAGGGUAACAGAGUGCACAUGGAGGCACGCAUCGAACCAGUUGGUGAUCCAACUAUGGUCGUAGAAUGGUACCUGAACGGGCAACCAUUGGCAGCAAGCUCACGCGCUACCUCUGUAUUUAAGUUUGGUUUCAUAGCGCUCGAUCUUUUGAGCAUUAUGACACACGACUCCGGUGAGUACAUGUGUCGCGUCACCAAUGCGGCCGGUGUUGCCGAAUCCCGUGCAAUUCUCUCUGUCAUCCAGCGUCCCUCUAUCGAGCAAAGCUCUCAGAAUCCAAAUAGUUUGCAAUACAUCAAUCAAUUGGAGGAUUACUCACGUUAUCAGCGUCAAGAGAGCUCAGAAGAACUCAUGAAACAAGCACCCGUAUUUAUUCGUCCAUUAAGAGAUUUAGGCGAUUUCGAGGAGGGUAAAAAUGUGCACUUUGAAGCUCAAGUUACGCCCGUUAAUGAUCCCACUAUGCGUGUCGAAUGGUACAAGGAUGGCCGUCCGAUAACUGCUAGCUCGCGAAUCACUGCAAUCUUCAACUUCGGCUACGUCUCCCUAAACAUCUUGCACCUACGGGCUGAAGAUGCUGGUUCGUAUACAGUGCGUGCAGUUAAUCGCGUGGGCGAAGCCACCAGUACUUCGAACAUCCGUGUGAACAUACGUUCCGAAGUAACCGCCGACUUGGGCAUACCCGAACAACAACGUUAUAUUGAGAAGGUUGAAGAGCUGGAGGACUACAGAAAAUCCCAGCAGCGUCGUCAUGUACAGGAGGUGCCUGAAUCAAUUGCACCACCACAAUUUAAAAGUCCAAUCCAAAAUCAAUUGGACAUACGUGAGGGCGCACACGCUCACUUUGAGGCACGUCUUGAGCCCAUCGGUGAUGCCACUAUGCGCGUGGAAUGGCUAAAAGAUGGUCAACCGCUUGAAGCCAGCUCACGUAGCACAACCUUCUUUAACUUUGGCUAUGUUGCACUAACCAUUAAGCAACUGACAAUUUAUGAUGCCGGCACUUACACUUGCCGCGCUUACAAUGCCAUCGGUCAAGAUACAACCACCGCCCAAUUGACCGUUCUUUCAAAGAAGGAUAUCGUCUCCGAUUCUCAACAUCCCGGUGGCUUGGAGAAGCUACAACACUUGGAGGACUCGACGCGUUACGGACGCACUGAGGAGGAAGAGACCAAGGUUACACAAAUACCACGCUUCCUUGGUCCAAUGAAGGGCACCAACAAGAUUUUGGAGGGUCAGCGAGCUCACUUCGAAGCACGUGUCGAGCCACAAAGCGAUCUAAGCUUGCAAAUUGAAUGGUACCAUAAUGGACGUGCCAUUAGCGCAGCCACACGUAUACAAACCUACCAUGACUUUGGUUAUGUGGCUCUAGAUAUCUCACAAGUACGUGCCGAAGAUGCGGGCGUGUACACUGUUGUAGCCAGAAAUAAGUUAGGUGAAGCACAGUUGCAAGGAACAAUGGUAGUAGAAACUCGUUCCAGCAUUGAUACAUCAAGCAUGCACCGCGGUCUUUACGAAAAGACUCAAAACUUAGAAAACAAACCAUUUGUUGAGCCUCAUUAUGAUAUCGAAGAGAUCUCCAAGUCGAAGCCGAUCUUCGUCCAACCACUCUCCGAUCACAAACCGAUUCACGAAGGCAAAAAUAUACAUUUGGAAUGCCGUCUAGAGCCAAUGGGUGAUCCCACCAUGCGUGUAGAGUGGUUCCACAAUGGCCGCCCCAUUACCGUAGGCUCACGCUUCCGCACCUACUAUGACUUCGGCUUCGUUGCAUUGGAUAUUGUACAGGCCAUUGCAGCCGACUCGGGCGAGUAUACCUGCCGCGCCACAAAUCAUUUGGGCUCAGCGCACACCUCUUCCUGUGUACGCAUCAUUGAUCGUUCGGAUGUUGUGACCGAAACACAAAACGAAAUGUCGUUGGAGCAGAUUCACCAACUGGAAGACUCCACACGUCGUCGCCAUCAUGUCGAAGAAGACAUCACCGUUAUGCAGGCGCCACAAUUCACACGUCCGCUACAUAAUAUCGAAACUGUUGAGGGCACCAAUGUACAUUUGGAAUGCCGCUUGCAGCCGGUGGGUGAUCCCAGCAUGCGCGUUGAGUGGUUCGUUAACGGUAAACCCGUCAAGACUGGUCAUCGUUUCCGUCCAGCAUAUGAGUUUGACUAUGUUGCACUCGAUUUGCUCGGUUGCUACGCCGUUGAUUCAGGUGUGUAUACCUGCCAGGCACGUAAUCAGCUUGGUGAAGCCGUUACCUCAUGUUCCGUACGCAUCAUUGCUAAGAGCGAUCUAAUCUUGGAAACACAGAACGAAUCUGGUCUACAGAAGAUUGCUUACUUGGAAGAUUCAUCACGUUAUCGUCGUAGCGAAUUCGUUGAUGAGAUAGUUAAUGUGCGUCCACGUUUCCUUACACACCCCAAGAGUCUGACCAAUACACGUGAGGGUGGUCAUGCUCAUUUCGAAUGUAAAAUCGAACCUGUUACCGAUCCUAACCUAAAGGUUGAGUGGUUUAAGAAUGGUCGUCCCAUCACAGUCGGUCAUCGCUUCCGUCCCAUUCAUGACUUUGGUUAUGUAGCUUUGGACAUUGUUGAUUUGAUUUCUGAGGAUUCUGGUAUUUACACAUGCCGUGCCGUCAAUUUGAUUGGCUCCGAUGAGACGCGUGUAGAAUUGCAAUGCCGCAGCAGUGAACAAAUUGUUACUGUUACACAAAAUGAAGCCGGUCUCGAGCAGAUCCAUUAUUUGGAGGAUCGUUCGCGCUAUUCGCGUCGUGAAGAAAUCGAUGAAACUACCAAGCAAGCGCCAGUCUUUACCACUUCUUUGAAGAAUGUCGAAAUCAAGGAAAAUCAACGCGCACAUUUCGAAUGCCGCUUGAUUCCGGUGUCAGAUCCAACCAUGCGUGUCGAAUGGUAUCACAACAACUUGCCAUUGAAAUCUGGUUCACGCUUUACUGAAACCAAUAACUUCGGUUUCGUAGCUUUGGACAUUAUGUCCUGCUUGCCCGAAGAUGCCGGCACUUACACUUGCCGUGCCUUCAAUGCUGUCGGUGAAGCCAUAACCUCAGCUGUUGCUAUUGUUCACACCAAAAAAUCCAUCUACUUGGAAUCGCAACAUGAGAGCGCUUUGCCACGCCUACAACAUUUGGAAGAUGGCGCUAAACGUCAACGCAUCAGCGUACAAGACGAGGUUGUCAACCAGGCACCAGUUUUUACUUUGCCUGUGCGCGAUGUACGCGUCGCCGAAGGUCAAGCCGUACACUUUGAAGCACGCUUGAUACCUGUUGGUGAUCCACACCUGAAGGUUGAAUGGUUGCGUAAUGGACAACCGAUUGAGGCUUCAAACCGCACCACCACAAUGCACGAUUUCGGUUAUGUUGCAUUCAAUAUGAAGUAUGUGAAUCCAGAAGACUCAGGUACUUACACUUGCCGUGCUGUCAACGAACUCGGUCAGGCUGUCACCUCAGCUUCGCUCAUUGUUCAAUCGAAGACUUCGAUUCAACUGGAAACUCAACAUGAGGCGGCUAUGCAUAAGAUACAUCAGCUAGAAGACCACACCCGGUAUCAACGCCGUGAAGAAGAAGAAUAUGUGGUUAGCCAACCACCACGUUUUGUCACGAAACUAAUUGGCCCCACCAACUUGGUUGAAGGCCAGAGCGCGCACUACGAAUGUCGCAUUGAACCAUAUCCUGAUCCCAACCUUAAAGUGGAAUGGUUCCACAACGGCAAGGCGUUGAGCACAGGUCAUCGUUUCCGCACCACUUACGACUUUGGUUUCGCCGCUUUGGAUAUCCUUACCGUUUAUGCUGAGGAUAGUGGCGAAUAUACCUGCCGUGUUACCAACAACUUGGGCGAAGCUGUCAACUCUAUUAACCUCAAUGUACAGUCGAGGUCGGGCAUCAUUCGCGAAACACAACACGAGGAAGCUUUGCAAAAGAUCCAGCACUUGGAAGAUGAGUCGCGCUAUCAGCGAAAGGUCGAAGAAGAUCAAUUCUUGGCCGAACGUCCACAAUUCGGACGCCCAUUGCGCAAUGCUAAUGUGAAUGAAGGCACACCCGUACAUCUGGAAGCCACCUUAACACCUGUGAAUGAUCCAACCAUGAAGGUGGAAUGGUAUUGCAAUGGCACGCCAAUUCAAACUGGUCAUCGUUUUAAGACCACAUACGAUUUCGGCUUCGUCGCUUUAGAUAUUUUAUACACACAUGCUGAAGAUACAGGCACUUACAUGUGUAAGGCUAAGAAUGCCGUAGGGGAAGCUGUCACGACUUGUGCUGUAAACGUAACAGCAAAUAAGACAUUGGACUUCGACACUAUGGAUGCCCAGCGUUUGGAGAAGAUUCGCCAACUUGAGAAUUAUGCACCACCCACUAAAGCCGUAGUGGAGGAGAAGGGUCAAAAACCGAUAUUCUUAACACCGCUCAGCAAUUUGGAACAUCUCAAGGAAGGCGAACAUGCUCAUCUGGAGUGUCGUGUCGAACCAAUUAAUGACCCUAACUUAAAGAUUGAAUGGUUCUGCAAUGGCAAACAAUUGCCAACUGGUCAUCGCUUUAGAACUACACACGAUUUCGGUUAUGUCGCUUUGGAUAUCUUGUAUGUAUACGGUGAAGAUACUGGUACGUACAUGUGCAAAGCUACCAAUUUGCUUGGUGAGGCUGUCAACACCUGCAAUGUGCGUAUAUUGAACCGACGCAGCAUGAUUCUGGACACCCAGCAUCCAGAUGCUUUGGAGAAAAUCCAAAAAUUGGAAUCCAAGUCUGCACCGGCACGCACCGAACCUGGCGAUUUGCCUAUCGGCCCACCACACUUCACUGUCGAACUUCGCGGCACCACCGAGAUCUUUGAGGGUCAAACUGCGCACUUUGAGGCACAGGUUGCGCCCGUUCAUGAUCCCAAUUUGCGCAUUGAGUUCUAUCACAAUGGCAAACCACUGCCAUCGGCUUCACGCUUCCAUAUUACUUUCGAUUUCGGUUAUGUUUCUUUGGAUAUUACACACGCUGUGCCAGAAGAUGCUGGUGAAUACUCCGUCCGUGCUAUCAACAAUUUGGGUCAAUGCGUUUCUUCAACUAGUUUGAAGGUCAACGCACGUGGUACUAUUAUUUCGGAAACUCAACAUCCCGAAGGUUUGGAGAAGAUUCGUAAACUCGAAUCGAACGCUCCAUUCCAACGUCCCGAAGUAGAAACACCUGGCACCCGUCAACGUCCAGUGUUUACUCAACCACUGCAAAAUAUUGAUCGCAUUAAUGAACAUCAAACUGCACACUUCGAGUGCCGCCUUAUACCGGUUGGCGAUCCAAAUCUAAAGGUGGAAUGGUAUCGUAAUGAGAAGAUCAUAGAGGAUAGCUCACGUAUCACCAAACAACAUGACUUCGGCUUUGUCUCUCUGGAUAUUUCGCAUAUUCGCAAAGAAGAUGAAGGUGUUUACAUGUGUCGCGCUGUCAAUCCAUUGGGUGAAGCAGUCACUACCGCAUCUAUGCGUGUAGUUUCUGAAGCCUCAAUUCAAAUGGACACCCAACAUCCAGAUAGUAUCAGCCGUAUCCAUCAACUUGAACGCCCAUCCGUACCACGUGCUGAAGAACCAGAACGUGCUUUUGAGAAGCCAAUAUUCACGCAAUUACUCACCGGCCCAUCAGAGUUAUGGGAGGGUCAACAUGCACACUUCGAGGCACGUGUUGUACCAGUUGGUGAUCCAUCACUGAAAUUCGAAUGGUACAUCAACGGUGUUGAACUGCAAAUGGGCUCACGUCUACGCACCACACACGAUUUCGGUUUCGUUACACUCGACAUUAACGCAGUGGUGCCUGAGGAUGCUGGCGUAUACAUGUGCCGCGCUUAUAAUGCUGCCGGUGAAGCUGUCUCCUCUACCGCUAUGAAAGUUAAAACCAAAUCUAACAUUGCCGGCGAACCUUUGAUUCCCGAAUCGUGGGAAGCCAUUCGUCUGAAGGAGGCUGCCAUGAACCGUGUACCAGAAAUGUUUGUAGAUACAACACCACAACAGGCACCAGUCUUUACUACACACCUACAGAGCUACGAUAAGCUCUCAGAAGGUCAACAUGUACUGCUCGAAGCUCAAGUUGAGCCACGUGCCGAUCCAAACUUGCGUAUUGAAUGGUUCAAAAAUGGUAUUUCACUUACCACCGGCUCCCGUAUACGCAGUACCUUCGACUUUGGCUUGGUUACACUCUCGGUUAAUGGAUUACGUUCUGAUGACUCUGCCAUUUACACUUGCAAGGCCACCAACCAAAUUGGUGAAGCUGUAUCGACAUGCAGUCUCAAGAUUGAAGAUCGUCAUUGGUUGCAAGGUGAGUCAUUACAUCCAGACUCUUUGCCACGCAUUGGAGAAUUGGAAGCACCCAAACCAGGACGCCCUGAGGCACCAGAACCAGUUUAUGAAUUACCUGUGUUUACUACUCAUUUGAAUAAUAUCGAAUGUAAGGAGGGCGAUAAUGUACGUUUCGAAUCGAUGGUCGAGCCCUCUCGUGACCCAACAAUGCAAAUUGAAUGGUCCUACAAUGGACAACCGCUACAAGCUGCCGCUAAAUUUAAGUCAAUUUAUGACUUUGGCUACUGCGCUUUGGACUUAUCGAACACCUAUCCAGAGAAUAGUGGUGUCUACACGCUCAAAGCAACUAACAGCAAGGGUUCAGCCACUACAUCUGGCACACUCAAGUGCACAGGCGGUAAGACCUUCUACUUGGACACCCAACAUCCACAAGGUGAAGCCGGUUUGGAGGCUGUUAAAGAAACUGAAGAAGAAUUGGCCAAUCGUUAUUCGCGCCAAGUUUCGAAACCCGAAACCCAAUAUCCAGCACCAGUUUGGACCAAACCAUUGCAAGCUGAGUUCCAUCUCUCAGAAGCACAAGCCUUGCAUUUGGAAGGUAAUGUUGAACCUAAGGAAGAUCCUAAUCUCUUCAUUGAAUGGUACUUCAACGGCAAGAUACUACAACAUGGCUCACGUUUCAAGAUGACUAGUGAAUUCGGUUUCGUCACCAUGGACUUAACUGAGGUCUACGAACGCGAUCAAGGUAUUUACACAUGCAAGGCAUACAACAAGGCUGGUGAAGCCUUCACCACUACUACCAUCUUCUGCACCAGUAAGGAAAGCAUUAUCGAGAAAACACAACAUCCAAAGGGUGCAGAAGGUUUGGAACAAAUUCAAGACUUGGAAGAAUCACUACGUAAGGAUGGCACAAAACCAGAGAAACCAGAAGAAGGUAUGGCACCACGCUUCACCACUGAAUUCAUUGACAUCAAGGAUAUUGGUGAGGGUGAGAUUGCUCACUACGAAGCCAAUCUUGUGCCAACUGGCGACCAAAGUAUGGUCAUUGAAUGGUUCUAUAAUGGUAAAGUUUUGGAGGCUAGUCAUCGUGUGCGCACCAUCUACGCUUUCGGUAUGGUAGCUUUGGAAAUUCUUGGCACCAAGAUCGAAGAUUCAGGCACCUACACUUGUCGCGCCACCAAUAAAUAUGGCAGCGCUGAAAUUAGCUGCGUUCUUGAGUGUGUUGAAAAGCCACGUGGACAGAAACCACGUUUCACCUCACACAUUCAAUCAUUGGAGGGACUCAAGGAUGGACAGUCGGCACAUUUCGAGUGCACACUCAUACCAGUCAAUGAUCCUGAACUUAAAGUUGAGUGGUAUCACAACGGAAAACUGUUACGUCACUCCAACCGCAUUAAGACCGUAUCCGACUUCGGCUAUGUUGUUUUGGAUAUUGCUUAUUUGCAAGACCACGACAGUGGUGAGUACAUGUGCCGCGCCUACAAUAAGUAUGGUGAAGAUUUCACACGCGCCACACUCAACUGCGGCGGUCGUGGUGGCGUCUUCUAUGACAGUUUGCAACCCGAUUCACUGCCAAGAAUUCGUGAACUUGAAUGCCCACAAGGACAACAGGGCGAUACCGGUGCACCAGUGGUCACCGAACCACCUAAAUUUAUUACACAAAUUGCUGAUAUCACAAAACUGGUUGAGGGACAGAGUGCACACUUUGAAGCACGUCUUACACCGGUCACCGAUCCAGAUCUUAAGGUCGAAUGGUAUUUCAAUGGCAAGAAGUUGCCACAUGGUCAUCGUUUCCGCACCUUCCACGAUUUCGGCAUUGUAAUCUUGGACAUCUUGUACUGUUACGAAGAAAACUCAGGUGUAUAUGAAUGCCGCGCCGUCAAUAAGUACGGUGAAGAUGUGACACGCGCCACGCUGAAGUGCACAUCUAAGGCCAACUUGAUUCUGGACUCACAACUGCCACGCGGCAUGGAAGGCGGUUUGGAGAAGAUCGCUAACCUCGAAUACAGCAUGGUUCGUACACGCGACGAAACUGUUGAGGAAACCAAGGGCAAAGCACCCGUUUUCACCGUACCACUCGAGAAUAUCGACAAUAUGCGUGAAGGCGAGAAUGCACACUUCGAGGCACGCGUCACACCGACCGACGAUCCACGCCUGCGCGUUGAAUGGUUCUGGAAUGGACGUCCACUUAAAGCUGGCUCACGUUUCCGCACAUUCUGCGACUUCGGUUUUGUUAUUCUGGAGAUCUCACCUGUUUAUCCCGAAGACUCUGGCGAAUAUUCUUGCCGUGCUAUCAAUGAAUACGGUGAGGCUGUAACCACUGCCACCAUGAAAAUACAAGGCAAACGCAGCAUUAUCAUGGAAUCUCAACUGCCCAAGGGUAUGGAAGGUACUAUCGAUCGUAUUGCCGAACUUGAGGGUCUGGGUGGACGCAGCACAGAAUUCGUGCCUGAAGAUGAUAGUGGCAAGCCACCAGAAUUUAUUACAACACCAUUCGAUAUGGUCAUCACCGAAAAUUCGCUGGCGCACUUCGAAUGCCGCUUGCAGCCAGUUAAUGAUCCCAGCAUGCGGGUCGAUUGGUUCCACAAUGGUAAAGCUUUGUGGGCUGGUUCGCGCAUCAAGACAAUCAAUGAUUUCGGUUUUGUCAUUUUGGAAAUUGCCGGUUGUUAUCAACGUGAUACCGGUUUGUACACUUGCAAGGCCACCAAUAAACAUGGUGAGGCGACUGUUUCAUGCAAAUUGCAAGUUAAGGGCCGUCAAGGCAUCAUCGUAGAACCACAAUUGCCUUCGAACUUCCGCACAGGCACUGAAAGCCUACAGAAAUUGGAAGAGAGCAUGCAUAAACGUGAAGAAAUCAUCAUCGAUGAGGAGCAACCGAAUCCACCUAAAUUCAUUGAGGAAAUUAAGGAUAACCUCGAUGUACCCGAAGGUGGUCCAAUACACUUCGAUUGUCGUGUUGAACCUGUUGGCGAUCCCACCAUGCGCAUUGACUGGUUCUACAAUGGACGUCCCAUGCCCACUGGCUCUCGUGUACAUCAGCUCAACGAUUUUGGCUUCAUCGCUAUGGAUAUCGAUUACAUUUAUAUACGGGAUGCUGGUGAGUACACUUGUCGCGCCACCAACAAAUGGGGCACUGCUACCACCACUGCCAAGGUUACUUGCAAGAGUAAGCAUAGCAUUGUGUACGAUACACAAUUGCCUGAUGGCAUGACGGCCGAGAAGUUGAAGGAACUCGAACGUGGUCGCAUACCCGAUGUACCUAGGAUUGAGGAACCCGAUUUCGGUCCACCAGAAUUCAUUACGGAAAUUCAAAAUGUCACAGCUGAGGAAUCCGAAGCUAUGCGCUUCGAGUGCCAAGUGGAACCGAAGACCGAUCCCAAUUUACGUGUGGAAUGGUAUCGCAAUGGCAAGUUGUUGCCCAGCGGUCACCGUUACAGAACCAUUUUCGAUAUGGGUUAUGUAUCGCUCGAUAUUCUUUACGUUUACGCUGAAGACUCUGGCGAAUACGUGUGCCGUGCGGUGAACAAACAUGGCGAGGCGCGCACCAAGGCGACAAUUUCAUGCAAGAAACUACCAACAAUUAUGCUGCAAAACCAAGUGCCACGCGGCAUGAAACCCAAUGAAACACUCACUCAAAUGGAGGCCACCAUUAAGAAAUAUACUUCAGAGGUGCACUUGACUGAGGAUGAUCUUUUCGAUCCGGAUCGCAAGCAACCACCACGCUUCGUUACACAAAUCAAGGAUCAGACCACGCUUACCGAGAUGGCAAAAACCAAAUUUGAAUGCCAAUUGGCGCCAGUUGGUGAUCCGAACAUGAAGGUUGAAUGGUUCUUCAAUGGCAAACCAUUGUUGUACAAGAAUCGCUUCCAACCCAUCUACGAUUUCGGUUAUGUAGCUAUGAACUUUGGCUGGGUCUAUCCGGAGGACAGCGGCGAAUAUGUGUGCCGUGCCACCAAUCUCUAUGGCAAGGAUGAGACUCGCGCAAUCAUUAAGGUCUCUGGCAAGCCUGGCAUCGUCUACGACUCACAGCUGCCAGCUCAUAUGCAGGAGACAUCUAUUCAGCGCAUUCGCGAAAUGGAAGCAUCUUGGCAAGUUGUACCAGAGGAGGUCGAUCCCGAUGCAAAACCACGAGCCAAACCAACUUUCGUCAGCAAAUUGGAACCACAAACCGUUGAGGAGGGCGAACCCGCACGUUUCUGUGUACGCGUAACUGGCCAUCCACGUCCCAGAGUUAUGUGGCUCAUCAACGGACACACCGUUGUGCAUGGCUCACGUUACAAAUUAACGAACGAUGGAAUGUUCCAUUUGGAUAUUCCAAAAACACGACAAUACGACACAGGCAAAGUCGAAGUGAUCGCUAGAAAUUCAGUUGGCGAAUCGAUCGCCACCACCGAAUUGAAUGUGGUCGAACGUUCAGACGAUUAUCGCGGUGUAUUGAAGAAUUCACCACGUCCUUGGUAUGACUAUGAGCUAACUGCUUAUCAGAAGGAACGUCAAGAAACCGAGCUGGAGAAGAUAUUCGAUGAGCGCAAACAAUAUUUGGCCGAUCAAGGUAAACCACUAAAGGGUGUUGAACACUUGAAACCCAAACAAGUCAAAACCGAAACACCCGAAUGGCAACAAACCGUUAAUGCCAAACGCAGUGAGGAUUACUAUAGUAAAUUGCAAGAAUUAGAAACCGAGCAAUUGCUGAAGGAGACCAAUUUGCGCAAGGAAACACAUCAAUAUGCGAUACCCGGCGAGAAGGUUGUGCAGAGUUCUGCUGCCAAGGGCAUGGCCAAGUCCUACGAAGAGAAUCUGGAAGAGCAAUCCUCAACAACAACAACAGCAGCUACGAAGAAGGUUGUAAAGAAGCCACCAGUUGAACCCGCUGAAUCGUCGGUGCAUGGACGUGAAGUCAUUAUGAAUAAGCAACAACAAACACAAAAGGAAGUUGUUGGCGAUUUGGAGAUUACACGCAAGAUUACUGCUACCGAAACUACGGAAAUGGAGCAUAAGGGCACCGUGCAAGAGCGCGUUGUCAAGGGACCCGUGCAACCCUCGAAACCACCAGUGUUCACCAAGAAGAUACAACCAUGCCGUGUGUUCGAAAACGAGCAGGCUAAAUUUGAGGUGGAAUUCGAUGGCGAACCAAUGCCCACCGUCAAGUGGUACCGUGAAAACUUCCCUAUCAAGAAUUCACCGGAUUUGCAAAUCCACACCUUCAGCGGCAAAUCCAUACUGAUCAUACGCCAAGUGUUCGUCGAGGACUCGGCUGUAUUCUCAUGUAUCGCAGAGAAUCGUGGAGGCACUGCCAAGUGUAGCGCCAAUUUGGUGGUCGAGGAACGUCGUCGUGCCGGCAAAGGUGGCCUAACACCACCUAGCUUUGUGAAUGUGAUUCAAAGCGCCACUGUUGCCACUGGACAAUUGGCACGUUUCGACGCCAAGGUAACUGGCUCACGUCCGAUGGAUGUCUAUUGGUUGAAGAAUGGACAAAAGGUACAACCAAGCAUUAAAUUCAAAAUGCUUGAAGAGGACAACGUCUACACACUACUCAUUAUUGAGCCAUUUGCUGAAGAUUCGGGCCGUUAUGAGUGUGUUGCCGUUAAUGUAGCCGGUGAAGCACGUUGCGAUGCCGAUUGCAUUGUUCAAUCGCCGACUAAGCCAGAUAAGCCCACAACACCGGGCAGCGAGAAACCACCACAUAUUGUAGAGAAAUUGAAGAGUCAAUCGGUGGAGGAGGGUAGCAAAGUAAUCUUCCGUUGUCGCAUUGAGGGUAAACCCACACCGACAGCACGUUGGUUGCGUGGUGAGAAUAUUGUAAAGCCAUCGCGUUACUUCCAAAUGACACGUCAAGGUGAAUACUAUCAACUGGUGGUUUCUGAAGCCUUCCCCGAGGAUGAGGGCACUUACAAGUGUGUCGCCGAGAAUAAGCUGGGCAGUAUUCAGACCAGCGCUCAAUUGAAGGUGCGUCCAAUUGAGAAUCUCGACGCCCCACCAACCAUUACCGCACUGAAGGAUGUCUCCGUGUCGGAGGGUAUGCCAGCACAAUUCAAGACCACCGUUACCGGUAAAGUGAAGGCGACCAGUGUGCAAUGGUUCCGUGAGGGUUCACUUAUACCAGAAACUCCGGACUUCCAAAUGAUAUUCGAUGGAAAUAGUGCCGUACUACUUAUUGGAACCACUUAUGAGGAGGACUCAGGCAUAUUCACCGUACGCGUAACCUCAUCAACUGGACAGGUCGAGUCAUCAGCUAAGUUGACUGUUAAAAAGCGACGCAUUUCGGCUUUCCAGUUACGGCCAAUUGAUUCCGUUGAAGAUGAGACCUCAUCCUCAGGCAAAGAAGACAGCUCACCUGAGUCGCCACACGCCCAGCAGCCCGGCGCACCACAGUAUGGCCAAUAUUUGGCUAUCAAUGGGCAAGCACCACAUCAGGGGCGUCCACGUACGAAGAAACCACGCAGUAAAUCAUUGCAGCCACAAUCAAAUAUAGUACCAUGGCGUAAAUCAUCCCGACCACGACGUGGUCGUUCGCUAGAUAAGCAACCCUUCUUCCCCGGUUACAAACCGGAACCAAUUAAAUCAUGGAAAGAGGAAACGAUAAGUCUGAAACCGACACCAAUCGAAAAGAAAGUCAUUCCAAAAAUGGAAGCCGCUAAGGUUGAACUCAAAUCCAUUAAGGAACAACGUAAUCAGGGUUUGAUGGGUAUCGGGGCAACGCUCGAUCAAAUCAUCGCUGGUAAGACUGAAAAGGAAGCCAUUCCAUGGAUUGUAAUGCGUGAUAAAUUGAAACAUGUCGAAAGUGUGCAAAAACAAUUAGACAAAUUCGAUUUGGAUGAAGUGUAUCUGCGACCACUCGAACAGCCAAUAGUGACAGAUCAAAAAGUACCACAACAGGCACAAGAACAACAAGAACAAAUUGAACGUACCAAAGAGAUACAGCGACUGCGUAGCAUGGAGAGCAUUGAAAUCAACGAGAUGACGGAACAAAUCGAGAAGUUGAUAACGAAACAUCAAAAGGAAGAUGCCAUACCAUGGAAGGAGAUGCGUCAACAUUUGAAGAGUGUACAACGUGUCACUAAUCAAAUUGAGAAGUUCAAAAUUGAAGAAGUAGAAUUGCGCCCACUGCCAACACAGACCGCAACUACACAGGAAAUAAGUGAGACAACUCAAAGCACUGUCUCAAUGAUGGUCGAUGAGAGCUCUAAGGGCUCAAUACAGAAGGUGGUACGCAAAGAGCAAUUGCAACAGUAUGAAGAUGUCAAUGAGGUACACAAACAACAGUAUGUCAUAAGUGAAGACAUUAACUUGCUGAGUGUUGCUGAACGUGAGAAACUGGAAGCACAACGCAUCAUUCAACAGCAGCAAGCUGUAAACUGGCGCCAAGGACGUAAAGUACCCGCAUUGCAGCCACUCACCUCGAUGGAGGAUACUUCAAUAUUGAAGACUGGUGUUACGACCCAGGAAAAGUUCGAGCAAAGCUUGCAACAACAAAAAUACACCACCGUCGAGGAUUCAAAGAUGAUGAGCAUCGAAGAGUAUGAACAUCUGCAAAUGAUGAAGCGUACACAAGAGGAUAAGGCUGUAGAAUGGCGUCAACAGCGUCAAGUGCAAGAAUUCCAACAAACUGAGGAUUCCACGAGGUUGUCAUUACAACAACGACAAGAUACGGAGGAACAGCAAUUUACACAGCCGCAACCGACCCUGUGGGAUCGUGGUAGGAAGAAGCCACAACCUCAACAGGCACAAUCUCAAGCACCACAACCCACUCAGCAACAACCUGAGCAACCUAAGACUUAUGAGGAAGCAGUGGAUGUGCUGCCUGAGGAGCCGGUGCCAGUAAAACCAGCCGAACAACCUACGCCCGUUAUGUGGGAACGUGGUAGAAAGAAAACGACAACACAACAACAGCAAAUCACUGAAAUACAACAAGCCACUGAAGUAGUACAACAACAAUUCGUGGAACAGCAACAAAUAAUGGAACAAAGAGAAUUUGUUGAAGAAACCAAGAAGACCAGCGUACGUAAAGCAAUUGCGCCACGGGAGCCUGAACAGAAAAUGGAGCAAGUUUUACUCAAGCCCACACCACGCCCGCGUCCGAAGAUAGCACAAAAGACUGAAGAAGUGCACUCACAAACCUUGAAACGCACGCAAAUGACACAUGUUGUGGAAGAACAACCGACGAAAGCAUACGAGGAAGCUGUGGAUACACUUGAGGAAGAGGUAGUUCCGCAACAGCCGGUUGCACCCGAACCAGUACUGUGGGAACGUGGAAAGAAGAAACCCACUAAGGUUGAGGAGGUAAUUGCUGAACAACCACUGAAAACUUAUGAAGAGGCUGUGGAUGAACUUCCAGAGCAAUCUGUAUCACAGAUCCCAGAACAGCCUCAACCUGUAUUGUGGGAACGCGGCAAGAAGAAACCUACCGUGCAACCAGCAGUGGUAGAGCAAGUUGAACAACAAGAGCAAACUAUUGGGCAACAAACUGUGGUGGAAGAGGUUAAGAAAGUUACACGUAAGGUUAUACCAAAAGAGCCAGAAGAAAAGAUGGAACAAGUGGUGCUUAAGCCAACACCGCGACAAAAACCAAGAGAUGCACCCAAAGCUGAGGAAGUGCAACUUAAACCCGCCAAGCGACCACAACCAACACACGCUACGGAAGAAGAUCAACAGCAACCAACGAAAACAUACGAAGAAGCAGUUGAUGAACUUCCUGAAGAACCGAAACCACAGCAACCAGAGCAACAACCGGUCUUAUGGGAGCGUGGUAAGAAGAAACCUAUCAAACCUGUAGAGGAAAAGGUGGAAGAGGUUGAACAAAAGGUAGAAGAACACAUUUCGGAAGAAGUGACCGUCAUUGAGGAAACUAAAAAGAAGGCUGCACGUAAAAUUAUUCCACAAGAGCCAGAAAAAAUGGAACAAGUGGUGCUCAAACCUACACCAAGACAGAAACCCAAGGAAACGCCAAAGGCGGAAGAAGUACAAUUAAAACCAACUAGACGUCCACAGCCAACACAAGUCGUUGAAGAAAAGCCACAAGAACCAACGAAAGCAUACGAAGAAGCUGUAGAUGAAAUAACCGAAGAGACAGCUCAAGUUGAAGAACAACCGCAACCUGUUAUGUGGGAACGUGGUAAGAAAAAGAAGCCUAUUAAGCACACAGAAGAGAAGGUAGAAGACAUUCCCGUACCACAAACACAAGAAGAAGUGGUUGAUGUAAUCGAGGAGCCCAAACCAGAGCAACCAGAAGAGAAACCUGUACUGUGGGAACGUGGUAAGAAAAAACCAAAGGCCGAAGAAGUUGAAAUUGUCGAAACGCAGAAAGAAGAAGUACAAGAACAAGAAGUAGUUGAGAAAAAGAAGGUCAAGAAAAUUAAGAAACGCCCAAGCGUGACUGAGAUAGUACAAACUGAAGACGUAGCACCAACGGUUGAAGAAGAAGAAGUUAUUGAAGAAGUGCCCGAAGAGACGCAACCAAUAAUUGACGAAGACAAAACGAUAGAAGAGACAACAGAAAUUGUGGAGAAAGUCAAAACAAAGAAAGUCAAGAAACCAAAAGUGAAGCCAGAAGAAAUUGAAGUUACGGAAACUCCAGAAGAAGUUGUUGAAGAUGUCAGUAUUGUAGAAGAAACCGUUGAAGAAAAGAAGCCUAAAGUCAAAAAGGUGAAGAAACCUAAGAAGGAGAAAACUGCCGACGAUGUUGAAGAAAUUCAGCCUGAGGAAGAAGAAGAAGAAACACAGCCAGAAGAACCGGUGCCAGAAGAACCAGUGCCAGAAGAAAAGGUACCGAUUAAACGUAAAGAGAUCAAACCACAAGAGCCUGAACAAGUAGAAAAGGUGACACUUAAACCGGUACCACGCAAACAGUUGCCGAAACCAGAGCAAGAAAAACCAGAAGAAGUCACACUCAAACCAUUUAAGAAACAUGUAGUUUCUGAAGAUCUGCAGCAGCCCACAGAGGUGGAAACUCAUGAAGAGGUUCCUGAAAAAGUCGUCGUCGAGGUCAUCGAAGAAGUCACGAAGAAACGCAUCAAGAAGAAGAAGCCCAAGAAAAAGACAGCUGAGCAAGACGAGGAGGAGGAAGACGAACAACCUACCGAAGAAGUAGAAGAGGAAGAAGAGGAAAUUGUAGAACCUGCUCCAGAAACAGAAGAGCAACCAAUCGAAGAAGUUGUACAAACAACAGAGAUUGUACCACAACCCAAGCCGAUAGCUAAACCAGUACCAGUAGAAGAAAAGGUGGAAGAAGUUUCACUGAAACCAAUAAGAAAAGUUAAAAAGCCUUUACCUGAAGAACAAACCAUCGAGGAGGUAAAACUUAAGCCUGUAAGACGUCCCCAACAGGCGCCAGAAGAGCAACAGCUUGAAGAAGUAGUGUUGCAGCAUGUCGAGAAACAAGCAGAAGAAAUCAUAGUUGAAGAAAAGAAAAAGACAAAGCGCGUUAAAAAGCCAAAGACAGAGGAAUUGCCAGAAAUACCAGAUGCAGAGCCAGUGCAACUUGAAGAAGCUGAGCAUUAUGAUAUUGAAAAGGAACCUAUUGUGGAGGAACCACAACCGCAAGUGCCUUGGAAGCGUGGCGAAAAGAAGAAGCCUGUCGAAGAACCCAUUGAAGAAAAACAAUUGCCUACAGGUAAGAGAAGACCACUAGCCGAAGAACAACCAGAGGAAGUCAAACUCAAGCCAAUACCACAAAAACCGAAAGAAGAACCAGUGCAACCAAUUAAAGAAGUACCAGCACCUAAAUUGGCGCCCGAAGAACGACCACAACCCGAGGAGGAAGAACUUGAAAUCACUCCCAUACCCGUCGAAGAUGAGACCAAGCCACAAAAGGAGAAGCCAAAGAAAGAAAAGAAGAAGAAACCGAAAUUACAAAAGGCAACACCAUCAGUUGAUGAAAUUACUGAAGAAAUCGCUGAACCAUUCAAUGAACCAAUCACCGAAGAAGAUCAAGUCGAUGAAAUACCGAUUGACGAAAUCAAAGAAGUUGCCGUCUCCGAAGAGGUCUUACCCGAAGAGGAGGUUGUGCCAACAGAAGAUGUAAUCACCACAAAACAAAAGGCACAUAAGAAACGCACAAAGCGACUAAAGGAUGCAUCUUUCGAAGAUCAACCACAGUUACUUGAAGCCGAAAUUGUGGAUCUUGAAGCUGAAGAGAUCAUAACGCAAGAAACUUCACAAGAAGUCUCACAAAAGACAAUUACACUUAAAAAGACUGAAGACAACCGACCACAAUUCAUAACUACAGAGCAAUUGAUCGAGCUCGAUGUUGAUGAUGUGCGACGCGGUAUUGACAUGAAAAUUACAUCUAAUAUUGUCAAGAAAGAAACGCGACGUAUCAUCCUGGACGACAGUCAACCGUUACCCGAGCUUGAGCUAAUCACACAAAAACGCAUACAAGAGGGUAUCGAUAUGUUGCCCGACGAAGAAUUGAUCGAAGAUCAAAACGUGCCACAAAAGGAAGAGACCACAACAUCCGAAGUGCAACGGCAAGAGCGUAAAUUGGUGCGCAAGAAGAAGAAGGAAAUCAAACCGCCACGUAUUACCGAAAAGUUACGGCCAGUCAUGUGCACACCCGAAGAGCCCACAGAGCUGGAGUGUAAGAUUGAGGGCACACCAUUCCCCGAAAUCAGCUGGUAUUUCAACGAUGCGCUCUUAUUCGCUUCGGAGAAAUACGAAAUUACGGUAAUGGAAGAUGUAGCCAAAUUAAAAAUAGCUAAGGUCACGCCCAGCGAUGUGGGCGUAUACACUUGCGAGGCGCGCAACGAAGCCGGCGUAGCAACGAGUCGUGCCAACAUCUUUUUGGAAAAAGAACAAGGCAUUGCACCACAAUUCACAAAACCGCUCAAAAUCGAGUUCACCGAAGAGAAGGAACCCGAAUUGUUGAGAGUCACUGUUACGUGUCAAGUCGUCGGCAAGCCAAUGCCACAAGUGAAAUGGUAUCGCGGCACUGAAGAGGUCAUACCCAGCGAAACUGUACAGACUUUCUACAAUGAAGAAACGGGCGAUGUCGCUUUGGAGGUCAUAAACCCGACACCGAAUGAAGCGAUCACAUACUCCGUGCAAGCGCAAAACGAUUUCGGACGUGCCAUUGGCAAUGCCAACAUACUUAGCCGCGUCGAAGAGGCACCACUGGAGGUAUUGAAACCACCUAAGGUGACCCCGCUAAGUGCACUAGUUAUACCAACCGGUGGUACCUUGUUGUUCGAGGCCAAAUAUGAGGGUACGCCACGGCCGGAAAUCGUUUGGCUGCGCAAUGGACGUGAAAUACAGAUCAAUGAAGACGUCACAAUAGAAACCACCGAGACGACGACCACAAUCAAAAUAAUCAAUAUGAAUCGCAAACGUAGUGGUAAAUAUGAAGUAUGUGCCAAGAAUCCAGUUGGUGAGGCUAAAUCUUCGGGUUCGGUAAUGGUUACCGAUCAAGCGCCCGACAAAGAGAUUAUACCACCACGUUUCAUUCAACCGCUACAACCGAAAUACUUUGGUGAAAAUGAAGUUGCCAUAUUGGAGGCUGUUGUCACAUCAGAACCACUGUCGUCAUUCCAAUGGUUUGUCAAUCUUGAACCGAUCAAGAGCUCAAACGAAUGUCGUAUAGUUUCGCAGGCGAACAAAUCGACACUGCUGAUCGAGAACUUCGAGCGUAAGUACGUUGGUCCGUACACGUGUCGUGCGGAGAAUGUUGGCGGUUCAGUUACAUCGACUGCAACCGUUAAAUUACUGGAAGAUAGUCCACAAGAGAGUGUGGAAGAAUUCGAAUCGCCACGAUUCGUCGAAGAAUUGUUAGAGCCGAUUACGGUAAUGGACGGUGAGGCAUUAUUGCUCACCUGCAAAGUGGUUGGCAAGCCGACGCCGCGCGUCGAAUGGUAUCAUAAUGAGGAGAAAAUUGUGGAGACCAAAGAGACGUUAAUAUCACAGGAUGCCGAUGGCUUGUGUCAGUUGCAAAUAACCGAAGUAUUCCCCGAAAAUGAUGGCGAAUACAAGUGUGUGGCCAGCAAUAAAAUUGGCGAAGCGCUAACAACGACAUUUGUUAAUAUACAAGCAUUUGAAUAUAUCCCCGAUUCUGAAAUCACUGGACUCACUGGCUCCGAAGAGGAUCUCCUGGAUAAGACUCUUUCCAUCGACGAACAAGCACCGAAAAUCAUUAAGAAAUUACCUGAAAAAAUCGAACCCAAAGAGGGUGAACUAGCGAAAUUGGAAGUUAAAGUUAUUGGUAAACCAAAACCCAAGGUCAAAUGGCUGCGCGACGACGAAGAGAUAUUCGCUUCCGAGGAAUAUCAAAUCGAAAAUUUCGAAGAUGGCACCUCAGUGCUGGUCAUCAAUCACGUCUAUCCCGAUGAUGUGGGCGUCAUUAGCUUUGAGGCGCACAAUCCAUUGGGUGUAGCCGUGACAACGGCGCUUUUUGCGGUCGAAGGCAUCGUUGGAACUAAGGACUACCGCAAACCGGAAUGGGUAACGCAUAUGGAAGAAAUGCAGAAGGCGCUUAAAGAAACAACAGCACCUUUGAUAGCCACACAUGUGGAUGAGAAAAUCAUACAACAACAACAAGUGCAACAACAACAACUACUAGUACAACAAGAACAACAUGAACAAACAGUUAUCAUACAACAACAACAACUACAAGCGGAAGAAGAAAUUCUUAUUAAAAGCGAAAAAGUUAAAAAGAAGAAAAAGAAAGUAUCACAACAACAACAAAUAACUCAAGAAAUUGUAGAAAUGCAAGAAGAACAAAAAGAAACUCGUAUUCAUAAAGACUUACAAUCACAUCAGAUGCUCGAAGAUUUCUACACCACCGACACAGUUACGAGCAUACAACCCGAAGACAUACCAUACGAAACCAUACAGAUUCAAACACUACCACAAGAGACUAUCGAAACAACAGCGCUAACACAAGUUUUACAGGUGUCCACUGAACGGCCCGAGCCGAAAGUGGCGCAUGCCGAUAUCGCACCCGUCAAGGCUGUGGCAAUGCAAGAGGAAUCGAGUAUGCUCGAAGUGGAAGAAGGUCUAAAGCCGCAACGUCGGCGACCAAGUGAAAAAUUACACGAAACCAUAACGGAAGUCACGCGUCGUGCCGCCGCAGUAACUGAAGUGGAGACGAAGCAAAACGCAGUUGAGCUCGUAAGCGAAAGAAAACCGAAAGCGGCGCAAGCGCAACCGACUGUGGACGAAAAUGAAACUGUAUUGGUGGAGAAACCACUAGUAGAAGACGCAGUCGAAGAUUUGCGAGGCGCCAAAGCGCCAGAAGAACAUGCUAUGCCUACUGUAGUGCCACAUAUUUCACAACAACAAUUGGAGUUGACAACCGCCGAUGCGGUGGGUGAUUUGCCCGCGGACGUACUGCGCGAAAAACCGGCUGAAAAGGCCACAACAGAUUAUGUGCCACAUAAGAGUGUCAUAGUGGAGCAAUUAGUAAGUAGCGAGACUACUGAAAAGGAUGUUAUUAAAGAGAAAGUUGCUGAGAAACAAAUACCAAUCGGUGUUGUGAUGGCUGAGACAAGCGUUGAAGUGGUGGAAGUACAGCCGCAUGAUACGACGGCAACGUACGACACACCACAUAUAAAACAAGAAGAUGCAGUGCCGACAUUGGUCGAACAUUUAACAUAUGUAGAGAAAGAAGAGAAAACUGUCGACAAGGAGGAUGUAUUUGAGAAAGCCAAAUCACCGCUGAAGUCGACGGCGGACGUGGAGGUCACGACAGAAACUGUGCCAUUGGAAGUAACACAAAGUGAAACGGCUGAAACGGUACUACAGCUCAAAGCACAGAAGUUGCCGGACACGAGCAAAGCGCUGGAAAAUUUAAUAGUGCAACGGAGCUUGAUUGGUACACAACCAGAUCUGCAAAGCCCAUUGGAAGAAGUGCCUAAAACGGAUAUGAUAACUCAAACGGCCAUGGGUAACUUAACCGAAAAUAUACAUAUAGUCGGUGCGGAAGUAACCGCGCUCGAAGAGAAACCAACGGAUUUAAUACCUACCGUAGAACCCAAGUUGGCAGUGGCAGAAAGCGAACACACGCAGAGUCUAAUUGUAGGACAGAUAAGUGAAACAUUAACGGAAGAGCGCACCGAGACGCUCGAACAAGUAACGCCAACACCAGGUAAGCUAACUAAAACUGCAUUAACCGCAGCCAAUGCGGUAGCGUUACGCAACGAAGACUUAAUUUGUGAUGCCACCGCGUUGAUUGAGAGCACACAACCCAGCGAACAGCAUACAAAACUCGACUACGAAGGCGCGGCUCCCGUAGCCAACAUAGGCGCUGUAGAAACGCAUGAUAAGGAAAAGACACUGCCGACACAAAAACCCGAAACAGCUGAAGCGAAGUACGGUUACGUGGAGCAGACCUCAUUGUCGAUCAAAACGGAUCAAAUGCUGGAAGCGGCAGGCGAUUGGCAUUCUGUACUGCAACCAAUUAGUCAAAUCGCAAGUCACAAGCAAACGGAAAUUAGGUUGACCGCACCGAACGUGCUCGAAGUACAGCCGCAAGCAAGCUCUGAGUUAUUAGAAACAGACACACCGAAACAAGUCGCCGCCACAAAAACAAUCGACACUAUCUAUGGUGGUUUAAGCGAAAUGCAGGCUGUGCUAGAGACACAUACCGAGCUCAACGAGCUGGAACAGCCGGCGGAGAAAACGGUACAACCGCUGCCUGGCAGAGAAAUGCAACCAUUAACCGUUUACGAAGUGCAAAUUACGGAAACGGAUCAAGCACUAAAUUUACCGGAAAAACCAGUUAUGCAAGCUCUACAGGAAACCGCACCUGAAACUUAUACACCGCUCGAGCGCACCGAAGUUAUGACUUUGGAUACAACAAAAAAAGUCGAGGAGCAAAUGAAACCACAAACAGCUCAAGCAGAAUUUGGCUUACAAACGCAGCGUAGCACAAAAGUGCAACAACAAACAACAUUGGAUGCGGUAGAUGUGCUUGUAACGGAGGAAUUACCAGUCAAGCAAACAAUCAGCAGUGAUAUUGAGUUGUCACAACCCUUGGAGAUCAUUACAACCGCCAUACACGACAAGGAAUCCAAGUUAACACCAGCCGACAUGCCUGCCGCAAAGGAAGUGCAAACGAUAACCACGGACACAUUGCCUGUAGCUGAUACCGAAAGUACGCAACCCAUGGAAGCUUUUACGUCGCUCGACGAAACACAAUUGGAUAAAAAACAUGCGCGCUACGGUUACACCGAAAUCAUAUCGACAGUGCAGACAAGUGAUGUAACGCUAGAGGGUAUUCAAGAAUACGCAAGAAAGCAAGUGGCCACAGAUGCCGUCGCCAGUGUGGAGCUGGUGUCGCAUAAGAACGCCUUCGAAGUGCGCACAACCAACUUCAAUGAGAAAGAAGUAACACUCAGCGCUGACAUGCCGCACACUAAAGGGCCAGCAGAGGUGAAAAUAAAUGAGUUGACGCAAAAGAGCGCCAUAACACAAGCGCCUUACGUGCACGAGAGUGCCGGUGAGCUAAAGGGUGUGGAAUCCUUGGAGACCACAGGCAAGCCGACGACUGAUAGCAGCUAUGAAAUCUCGAUACAACAAGAAAGUGUCUAUGAGAAAGAGACCUCACUUGAACCUUAUCAAAGAGGUAAAGAAUUUGCGGCAACCGUGACGUUCAACACCGAAGAUGCUAAGCAAAUAGAGCAGAGUGUAAUGUACGAGCGCGAGCAGACGUUCGAUAAAGUACAACCGAUUGCGAUGAAUGCGCAAGCGGCAGCACCAACGGAAAAUUUAAAACUACCGUUAAACGAAAAUGUUUAUGACUUGGAGAGCGUGGGUGUCAUCGACAAGCUGAAACUUACGACAAGCUCGGCCAUCUCGCAAUAUCAAAACUUAAAUGAAACUAUUAUUUCGGAAAUCAUUGCCUAUGAGGACUCCCGACCCGAUGCAAUGUUACUGCAAAAGCAUGUCGAACAGCCGCUUGAAGCUGCGCUAACACUCGCCGAGCAUACCGCAAUCGCUAGCGAAAAUAUUGUUAUGGAGGAUGCACAGCUCUACGAAGAUAAGCCAACGUUUACUGAGAAGAACGCACGCGAGGCAACAAGCGAGCAACAAAUGCAUGCACCAUUGCUGCAAGAAACGAGCUUACUUGAUGCCGCGACAGAGUUGCCAACGCACACAGAGCUCGGAGAUAUGGCAAAACCGGGCACGGAGCAAACAUUACUCACCACAAAUGUUGUUAAAGAGGAAAACAUAUACGAGCAAUAUAAGCCUGUGCAGGAUGAAGAGGCAAAGCCCACGGCACAAGCCAACAUCGGACACGCCACACAACAUUUGCCUACGAUACAAGCUCCAGAGAUUGCCGAGCGGGAAGGUAAACUGAAGUUGCCAAAAGAAGUCGCGCCACAGCAAGCGAAUGAAGCGGACUUGAGCAAAACUUUAGGACUGCCAAUAGUCAGCGAAACCAAUGCAGCUGAAGCGCCAAAACUGCUAGAAACGGAGGUGCCAAGCUUAACAGAAGUAAAGUCGAUGCUUACCGGCGCACAGCACGAAGUUCAGACUACGCAAGUGCAAACCUACGAGGAAACGGACGAUUUAUUAACACGUGACAACGCGCCAACCGCGCAAACGAUGGUCAAUUUAGAAAAUAUACCAAGACCAGCGCAGGUCGAGACCUUCACUGCCGUCUACGCCAAAGAAGGUGAUUUAGAGCGUUUCAAGAGCGAUGAGCAGCAUGCCAAACCCUAUGUGGAGGGUAUGUACACAGAAACCAUCACGAGUGAUGUGACAGCGUUUGAAAAAACCGAUGUUUUAGAUAAGCCAGAGUUCGAAACUAAGGCGGCCAAGCCGACCAUUGAUGGGCAACAACAGUUACAGGUUGAGCAACUGGAUGUUGUGUUAGACAAGGAGAACUCCUUUGAAAUUAAGGUGAACACAGAAAGCGCCAAGCCGUAUAUAGAGGGCACGCAACACGAAACGCUCAUUACGGAGAUGGCAGCUGUAGAACAACUAAGCGAUUUGCCAGCGGGUCUGGAAAAAACAGAUAAAACAGCACGCCAACAGCUGGUAGAGGAGAGCAUGCGCCAAGCACAAACAAUCAGCACACAAAUCUUAUUAGAAAAAGAAACACCAACAAGCGAAACCGAGCCAACAAAGCACGUGGCAAAGCCACAAACUGCCGCAAUGCAAAAUGACAAAAUCAUCGCCGAGCUUACGCCCUACGAAGGCGUGCUGCCGUUUGAAACCGGCGAUGGCGCGAAACCGCAACAUGCCAGCGCCAGCUUAACAACAACAUUGACGCACAGCCAAAUCACAACACUGCAGGAAAGCCUCACCAAAGAACAGCGCCUGACAAGCGCACAGCCCGAGCAGCAAAGCGCCAUUUUAGUCACCGCGCAGAAUAUAGCGCACACGACCGAGGAAACGAUUGGUCUGAAUCUGAUAACCGACACAUAUGACUUGAAGCAACAGCCGGAGCGUAUAGCGCACAGUACACACGCCGAUCUGAAUGAAAGUAAAACAGUCACAGAAUCGCUAUCGUAUGAGCAAGCGACGACAUUGCCCACAGAGGAGCGCGCAACACAAUUGCCAAUCGGCAGCACUGUGCCGACAGAACAAACCAAAUCGGCGCAGAAAACCGAAGUAAAUAUUUACGAAAGUAUACAAGAAGAAGUUGGCGACUUUAGGCCACACACCGUGGCGGGCAUAGAAAGCAGCGUAGUUGUGCGCGAACUCAAAGCGCCCCUCAUCGAUGAGGUUACCGUGAAACCGGCACUCGAACACAUGGUGGCAAGUGUGCCGCAACAGGAAACUGCAACAACCAACACCACAGCGUUCGACAAUUUAAGCGUUAGUGCACAAGUAGCCUAUGAAAGUGCUUCUGUGAUCACAAAUCAGCCGGCGGUAGAUGAGCGCAAGGCACAAGUGCGUGUGACAGACACACUCGCACAGACAACCAUCACCGACGUACCACUUGUUAACGAGAGUGCCGCUAAACUGCAGGAUGUUAGACAUACCGAUGAGCAUGCCGAUGUUAGCAUAACACCACAACAUAGUACGUAUUUGCAUGAACAAACCGAAAUACAGGAUAAUCUCAACACAUUGGACACACACACAACACCAACAACGGCUGCGGCCGAAAUGACCGUUAUGCCACAGUAUGCGCUAGCUGGUAGCGAUGCGCAAACAUACGAGCAUACGAUUCCACAUACCACAGUUCUUACGACAACAACAACAAUAACACCACAAAUCACCACAACACCAACAACAGGACAAACGGCGCUGCAAACAACACAAUUUAUAGCGGAACACUCGGAUAUACACGAAGAUACAAAAACAAAAACUGGUCAAGCUAUCAGUACUUAUCAGCCACACAUCACAUUCGAUCAAUCAAUUGUGGUUGAAUACGAAAAAGAAACACAACUUAAAACAUUACAACAAAACGCACAACAAUUACAAACAACAAGCGCACAACCAAAUCAUAUUUUACCAAUAGAAGGUGAAGAAAUGUUAAAUGAGUGUGUCUCCGAUUUAAUAGCAGAAGACAAAACGUCAAAAGCCUUAAAAACACCAAUCACAACGAGCGGUGUUAGUGAUUUUGUAGAGGGAAUAACUGUUGAGGUAGUACCGGCAUAUCAUACUGUCGAUGACAUACAACCAAUUAGUGUAGCACACGAAAAACCUAAGUACAUACAUGAAACCAUGAAAGACAAAUUAGAAAAAGUAGAAACACUAAGUGUAAAAACCGAUUUCGACACACCGAAAACAUCUCACACUACAGAACACAAAACACAACAAAAGACACUUAUAACCGAAGAUGAAAAAACCACUGAAAUGCCAGAAGCAGUACACAUCAUUGAGACAAUCUCCGAUGAAGGCAAACCCAAAAAGAGAACGAUACGAACACGUGUAAUUAAAAAGGUCAAGGGUGGCAAACAAGAAGUCACAAAGAUCGAAACCGUUGAGGAGGAGGACAAACGACCAGAAACCACAGUCACAGUUGAAGAAACGCCUGUUGACGAAGCACCUGAGGAAGUUAGAGAAAUGCCCGAAGAGGUGCGUGUGGUUGAGACGAUCUCCGAAGACGGUAAACCAAAGAAGAAGAAGAUACGCACACGCGUAAUCAAAAAGGUCAAGGGUGGCAAACAAGAAGUCACAAAGAUCGAAACUGUUGAAGAAGAUGACAAACAACCAGAAACCACAGUCACAGUUGAAGAAACACCUGUUGAAGAAGCACCUGAGGAAGUUAGAGAAAUGCCCGAAGAGGUGCGUGUGGUUGAGACGAUCUCCGAAGACGGUAAACCAAAGAAGAAGAAGAUACGCACACGAGUAAUCAAGAAGGUCAAGGGUGGCAAACAAGAAGUCACAAAGAUCGAAACUGUUGAAGAAGAUGACAAACAACCAGAAACCACAGUCACAGUUGAAGAAACACCUGUUGAAGAAACACCUGUUGAAGAAGCACCUGAGGAAGUUAGAGAAAUGCCCGAAGAGGUGCAUGUGGUUGAGACUAUCUCCGAAGACGGUAAACCAAAGAAGAAGAAGAUACGCACACGAGUAAUCAAGAAGGUCAAGGGUGGCAAACAAGAAGUCACAAAGAUCGAAACUGUUGAAGAAGAUGACAAACAACCAGAAACCACAGUCACAGUUGAAGAAACUCCUGUUGAAGAAGCACCUGAGGAAGUUAGAGAAAUGCCCGAAGAGGUGCGUGUGGUUGAAACCAUCUCCGAAGACGGUAAACCAAAGAAGAAGAAGAUACGCACUCGUGUAAUCAAGAAGGUCAAGGGUGGCAAACAAGAAGUCACGAAAAUCGAAACUGUUGAGGAAGAUGACAAACAACCAGAAACCACUGUCACAGUUGAAGAAACUCCUGUUGAAGAAACAACCGAGGAAGUUAGAGAAAUGCCCGAAGAGGUGCGUGUGGUUGAGACCAUCUCCGAAGACGGUAAACCAAAGAAGAAGAAGAUACGCACUCGUGUAAUUAAGAAGGUCAAGGGUGAUAAGCAAGAAGUCACAAAGAUCGAAACCGUUGAGGAAGAUGAUAAACAACCAGAAACCACAGUCACAGUUGAAGAAACUCCUGUUGAAGAAGCACCCGAGGAAGUUAGAGAAAUGCCGGAAGAGGUGCGUGUGGUCGAAACCAUCUCCGAAGACGGUAAACCGAAGAAGAAGAAGACACGCACACGUGUGAUAAAAAAAGUCAAGGGUGACAAAGAGGAAAUCACCAAAAUCGAAACCGUCGAAGAAGAUGAUAAACAACCGAAAACAACUGUCAGCGUUGAAGAAAAACCGUUUGUCGAAACAAUAACACAAGCACGUUUAAAGAAAAGAAUUCGUGUGCAGAAACCCACCGACGAAGUAUCUAUCGUAGAGAUGCCAGAACAAAAAACUAUUGUCAUGUCAGAAAAGGAAGAUGGCACUCCGACAAAAAAAGUAAUUAAAACCAAAAUUAUUAAGAAGAUUGACGGGCCAAAAAUGGAAAUUACCAAAGUUGAAACCAUAGAAGAAUUCGAAAAAAUGCCUGUAACUAAAGUGACUGUACAAGAAUACGAUGAGCCCUUCCCGGAGGAGCAACCAACAAACGAAACUGUUGCGCCGACCCCAAUGCAGGAAUUGCCGGAGGAGAUUAUUGUCUCGGAGAUUAUAGAUAAGAAUAGAAAACCCAAACAAAAAGUAACCAAAACGCGAACAUUUAAGAAAGAAGUAUCGCCAGAACCUGAAUUUUAUCAAAUCCAAACAAUUGAGGAAGAAGGCAAAGAGCCCUAUUCGCUUAUACGUGUUGUUAGUGAUGAUAGCAUUGCGGAUAUAAUCGAUAUUAGCCAAUUAGACGAUGAAAAGACACCAAAAGAAAAGACACCGAAACAAAAGAAAACCAAAACACUACACAAAACCAAGGAGGAAAAACCCACCCCCGAACACUUAACUACGGAAAAACCAGUUUUCGUUACUACAUUCAAAUCGGUACAAAAUGAAGACGGCGAAACAGUUAUUGAAACAGAAAGUAAGAAAAUAACUGAGGAGGAAGGCAUCGUCAUCGAAGAAGUUCUUAGCGAUACCGAGCCAGUUAUAUAUGAUGAUCAGACUGCCUUAAAGAAUGUUGAAAUUGUAGAAGUCGACGGAUACACAGACCAAGAUAGCAAAGAGUACACAAUAACAGAACCAGAUGAUGUCCUUGAAGACAUUACACAAACACCAGAUACAGAUAAGAAAACGAAACAUAAAAUUAAGAAACAACAGAAAACUACACAUAAACCAUUUGAAAAUAUCGACGAAGCACCCGAAGAAGUGAUUAUAGAGUAUAUGCCUGAAGAGGUCUACGAAGUGGAACGACCGGUUGAAGUGGUUGUGGUCGAAGACGAAGAAAAAGAAAAGAUUGUGGUUGAACCCAAAAUAACAGUGGUUAAAAGGCGUAAGAUUAAAAAGAAGAUCGACGGUCGUGAACAGGUUAUUGAAGUGGUUACUAAACAAGAAGAAGGUAAGGAAGAAGAGAGUACAGUGGUUGUACAUUCGGAGGAUGAUGAGCAACCGGAAGAUAUACAACCGACAGUCCAACAAGUUAAAAUCGUUGAAGAGUUGGUUGAUACACCGCAGGCAAAGGUCGAUGAAAAGCCAUCAAUUAAGAAAAAACGUAAGCCGAAGAAGGUGGUGAAAAAGGAUGACCUAGAUGAAUAUAUACAAUUCUUAAUAGAACAAGAAAUACCUAAAACUGUGCUACAAGAAUAUAAACGUACGGAAUUGGAGCAGCCACAGAAGGCGCGUAGCGAUACAACGCCAGCGCCGAAACCCAUCAAAUUGGUGCCAAUGAAAAUCGAAAGUGUUGAGGUGAAAAAAUCGGAGAGACUUGAAAUUACAUCGGUAGCGGAAUUUCCGCAAAUGUUGAAAUUAAAGAAACCGAAACAGAAACCUAAAGAAGAGAAGCCGAAGAAGGAAACAGCAGCUUUUAGGAAUUUCAAAUUGAAAAGCUGGAUUAAUUUCAUACCAUUUGCACCAUAUUGCUUUAAGCCUACUAUAACCGAGUUGGAGCCAAUACGCGGCUGCGGUGAAUUAUCGCGAACGAUGGAAGAAGCAAUGAGUGUUAUUAAAAAGCGACGCGUUAAAGUAAAACACAGCGAGAGACCUGAAAAGGAAUUGGAAACAUUGGAUCUCGAAACAUAUGAGGACACGAAAGUGGAAGAGGAAAAACAACCUGAAAAGGUGGAGAAAUAUAAACGACCAAAGAAGGUGUCAAAGGAACAAACUGCUGCCGAGCCGAAGAAGCUAAAAAUAGGCAAAGGAAAAGUGCCCGAGAGUGCGGAUGAUAUUGAGCAGAUUACUUUGAAACCAAUAUCAAAGGAUGUUAUCGAAGGUAUUAUUGAAGAAACACCCGAAAAGCCAACCGAAGAGAAACCAAAACGGAAGAAGAGAGGUCGUAAACCGGGUGUUGGUGAUACUUCCAUACAAUUCGAACCACAAGAUUUUGAUGAAAUGGAAUCUGAUGAAGAACUGAUUUCAGAGGGAACGGAUACAUCACAACCGGAAACUGAUCAAGCACAAGAUAAACCUAGAUACAAACGCAAGAAGAAGACAACACCGCAACCAGAGACAAUACAAUAUCCUAUCAAACCACAACAACCAAAAGAAACAGAAGGUACUACACAACCCGAAUUGAAAUUGCGGAAACCCCAAGGUGAUAAACCUGAUGUUGAGGAAGAAGGUAUUAAGCUGAAGCCAUACCAUAAAAUUGAAAUACUCGAAUUCGCGCCAGAGGACGUUGAACAGCCGGAGGCACCAGAAGCGCCGGUAGUGGUUAAGAAACGUAUAAAGAAGAUACGUAAAAUUAAACAAGAAACUCCUGCUGAGGAAAACAUAAUAGAAAUCAUUGAAAUACCAGCGGCGAAUAUAGAAGAUCAGCCAACAUAUGAAGUUACGGUAACGACAACAGAUAUCAGUGAAUCCACUGAGAAGCGCGUGAAACCUAAAACAUUGAAAAAGAAACGUGUCAAAUUAAUGAAGGAGGAUGAGCUCGAUGACUUCAUCGCCGAUUUGACGGAAGCGCCAGAAGAUAAGAUUUAUGAUUUCAAUACGGUGGACUUCUACGAGAUUAAAAUACAAGAACUACAGCCAGAAUUCAUUGAGGAAACUAUUGUAAAGGAUGAUGGCAAAAUUAAAACAGAAAUACGCAAAAAGCGCAAGCUACUACAUAAGAAGGGCGACGAGGAACAAGUGAUCGAAAUUGUCGAAACCACGGAAACAACGCCUGAUUCAAAGGAAACUGUUUACGAAGUGCUUGUUGUAGAUACCGAAGAAGCGCCGUCAACGGAUUCAACACAAGAAAAACCGAAAAAGAAAAAAUCGAAGAAACUGAAAAAGGAUGAACUGGAUGAAUACAUACAAAAACUAAUCAACGCCGAAAUUACCAAAACCGAACUCGAAAAGUAUGAGAAAAUCGAUGUGGACGGCAAACCUAAAAAGGCAAAGAAAACAAAGAAGGUGGCACAAAAAGCGGUGCUUGAAAUACCGGACACAUUGGAAGUUGACGUUGUAGAGUCCGCACCAAAGGAAGCACCAAAACAGAAAAAACCGAAGAAGAAAAUAGUGCCUUUGGAGGAACAGCCGACAGAAGAAACGCCAGAGGUGCCAGCGGCUGAAUUUUCAGUUGAAGUUAAAGACACUAUGCCCAGCAAAACAGAAAAAGAGGAUGUGGUGGAAGAAGUCAUAACGACAGAAGAACUUCCGACAGUGCCAGAAAAGACUACAGAUGAUGUGGUAAGCAUUGUAGAAAUCUCUGAAUAUGUUGAGGUCGUCACAAAAGAAGAACCAAGUGGUGAAAUUAAAGAAGAAACGGUCACAAAACGUAAAUUUAAGAAGAAGAAGGGGGGCAAGAUCUACACUGUAGAAGUUAUUGAAACUCAGGCCAAGGAUGAACCUGAAGCCGAAGUAACUGUAAUUACAACAGAAGAUGUGGAGAAAACAGCAACACCACAGCCAGAAACACCAAAACGUGCGCCUAAGAAAACGUCUAAGAAAGUCAAAAAGGAAGAACUUAAGGAUUACGUCAUGAAGGUUGUAGAAGAAAUGCCAGAAGAAUUUGCAGUGCAGCCUAAAGAAUAUGAAGAAAUUCCGGAACAAGUUGAAAAACCGGUAGAUGAAGAUGUCUUCUUCAGAACUACUGUAGUAGAGGAGACCGCCGAUGAAACGGAAAAACCAAUAACUGACGAUAUUUCUCCUAUUAAAGAAGGUGUCGAAGAGAAAAAGAAGAAACCGAAGAAGCCAAAACAAUACAAAAUUACGGAGACACAACCAGGAACUCAAGAAGAAUUACCACAAAAGGUAGAAAUACAAUCUGAAGAGGAAAUCGACAUUAAGGAAACUCCUAUCAUAGAUGACUAUGUCAUCGAUGUGCAAGAAAAGGAUCUAAGGAAAAUAAAGAAAGUGAAACGUGUCAAACCGAAAGAAGUGCAAAAAAUCGAAGAAUAUGUAGUAAGAAUUGAAGAAUCGCUGCCUGAAGUUACGACCACAGAAAUCGUUGACGAACAGGGAGAGAUUACGAAACAGACAACAACAAAACGCCGCCUCAAAAAGAAGGAAGGUCCCAAAGAGUAUGUCAUAGAAGUAGUGGAAACAUUUGAAGAAAAUAAACCCGAAGAAGUUGAGAUUACCGUCUCAACAACAGAAGUCACACCAACUAAUUUAACCGAACCUGCUGUGGAACAAACUAAAGUUACUAAGAAGAUUAAAAAGAAGAAAUCGCCAAAAGACAAUUUCGACGAAUACUUGCAGCAGUUAAUAGAACAGGAAAUAACGAAAACGGAAUUGGAAGAAUUUACACCAAUCGAAUUUGGUAAAACACCAAAGAAACCUAAAAAGAAAACUAAACAUCACAAGAAAACAGUUGAAGUCGUGGACGGAGCAGCUGUUACAAUACAUGAAUUCGACGUAGAAGAAAUACCCAGCGAAAAGGAGGAAGAAAUUGAAGAACCAAUCGCUGAGGUGGUGGUCGAAGACGAGCAACCAGCACCACAAGAUUAUCAAGAUUACAGAAUUGGUGUGACUGAUGAACAAGUUGAGCCAAUGAAAUUCGAUGACGAAAUAAUGGAAGAACGUCCCACUAAAGUUAAAAAACCAAAGAAACUCAAAACUACAGUAAUUGAAGAAGCUCCUGUUACUUUGGAAGAAAUUGAACAAACCGUUGCAACGGUCAAGGAGACCGAUGAAACUGGUGAAGUCAAAGAAAAAACAGUUACCAAACGUAAAGUCAAACGUAAGCAAGGACCUAAAGAGUUUGUAUUCGAAAUAUCGGAAAUAAGUGAAGGAUCAGAUCAACCUAUAGCCGAAAUAACAAUUGUGCAAAUAGACGAAACUCCUGUAACUGUUGAUGAGGAAAAACCAGCUAAGCCAAUUAAAAAGAUAGUAAAGAAACCAAAACAUGUACCAAAGGAAGACAUACAGAACUAUUUAGUGAAUGUCAUCGAUGAAUUCGUAGAACGUGAAAUAGUGUCCGAAAAUGAGGAAGAAAUUAUCGAAGCACCAACGGAUGACAUCAAGAAACGCAUUCCUAAACCCAAAAAGCAUAAAGUCAAAGUCACAGAAGAAGAUGUACAGUCAGUUGAGGAUGUACCUGAGGAUCAAAUUGCUUUGGUAGAGGAACUCACCGAAACAGUUGAUAAAGCGACGGACGAAUACCUGAUUGGUGUUACCGAGUCGAUAGUGUCUGAAAAGCCCACCAAAAAGACUACCAAGAAAAUCAAGAAACAGAAAUCAGAUGCACAAAAACCGGAUGAAGAAUCACCAGAUUUUAUGGUCCGCGUCUCAUCGUUUGAAGAAGCCCCCGAAAUUAUUGCACGUGAGGAGCAAGUAACCGAAACUCAGCCAGAAGAAAUACAACCCGUGGACGAUUAUAAUAUUGUUGUAGAAGAAAUUGAAACUACAGAAGAUGUACAGGAAAUUGUCGAUGAAGGUGGUGAAAAAGUAAAACAGACAACGAAGAAACGUAAGAUAAAGAAAACCGUUGGUCCGAAAGAGGAAAUAAUAGAAAUAAUUGAGACACAAUUAGGCAACUCACCACUUUCUGAGGUUACCGUAAUAGUGCAAGAGGUAGAAACAGAACCCGAUGCAAAGGAGGAAGACAAACCACAAGUUAGGAAGCCAAAGAAAACAAAGACAGUUAAAAAAGAUGAUCUUAUGGAGUAUAUCUAUAAACUAAUUGAAGAAGAUAUACCAAAAACUGAAUUGGAGAAAUAUGAGAGAGUCGACUUGGAGGAACCAAUAAAAUUGAAAAAGAAGAAGAAGCCCGAGAAGAAAGUUACUGUAAAAGAAGAAGAACCUUCAAAGGAGCAACUUGAAUCCUUUGAAAUCGACGUUACGGAUGUCGAAGAGGUGAAGGCGAAGAAACCAAGAAAGAAACCAUCCAAAGAUGUAGUAGUUAAGGAAGAGGAUGUCUCCUCGCCGCAAUCAAACGAGGAAAUGUCUGUAACGCUAGUUGAAGAGGAUAUUCCUAAAAAACCAAAGAAGAGCAAGAAAUUACCUGUCUCUGUUACCGAAACUACACCACAGGAAGAUAUCGAUGAAGAAUACAAAAUAGAAAUCAUCGAGGAAACUGUCGAAAAGGAAAAGACGACCGACGAAAGUGGCGAGGUCAAAGAGAAAAUUGUUAAAAAGAAAAAAGUUAAGCAUACAAAGGGGAAGGAAGAAGUAGUAUUAGACAUUAUUGAAGUACACGAUAAGAGCAGUGAUGAAGCUGAAAUCACUGUCAUAGCCACAACGCCCAGCAAGGAUAAGGACACACCACAAGAGGUACAAGUUAAACAAAAGAAAACUAAGAAAUUAAAGACUAAAGAUGUGCCCGAGUAUAUUGCCAAAGUUGUGGAUGAAAUCCCAGCAGAAAUAUUCGAGGAAUACAAACACGACGAAAUUGAAGAUACUAAAAGAAAACCAGAGAAAAAACCAAAGCAUAAGAUAAAACAAACUGUGGAUGAAGGUGUUAAAGAAGAGGAGAAUGUACAUGAAUUCACUACAAUGGUUGUAGAGGAAGAACCAGUACAGCCCGAUGUAACGGAAUAUGAGAUCACAACAGUUGAAGAGGAGUCUAAACCAAAGAAAAAGAAACCCACUAAAUCGAAAGUAAAAAUAACGGACGAAGGAAAAUCUGAAGAGGAGAAACUGGCUGAAGUAACUGUUAAGGAAAGUGAAGUUGAAAAUAUCGAAACCAUACCGGAUUCAUCUGAUAAUAUAAAAAUUGUUGAAGCUGAUAAGACCUCUCCUGAGGAACAAGAAUAUACGGUAACAACAACAGAAGAAGAAUCUAAGCCAAAGAAGAAAAAGCCAACCAAACAAAAAGUUAAGAUAAUUGAGGAGGAUGAAAUUGCAGACACACCUUCUGAUACAGUUACUGUGCUAGACACGGUACCAACGGAUACCAUUGAGGAAACUCCACAGGAAGAAGAAAUAAAGAUAACAGAAGAACAACCAGUAACUGAAAUUAAAGACUUCUCAGUAACAGUGACGGAAGAACAAACACCAAUAAAGAAAAAGAAACCGACUAAACAGAAAAUUAAAGUUGUUGAGCAGGACAAGCCCGACGAAGUGCCGUCUGAAUCAAUUGCAGUUCAAGAAAUGGUACCAAAAGACGUCAGUGAGGAAACUCCAUCAGAAGAGAUAAAAAUUACGGAAGAACAACCUGCAUCCGAAACUGAAGACUUUGAAGUAACAGCCACGGAAGAGCAUAAGAAACCUAAGAAAAAGAAACCUACCAAAGAAAAGGUUAAAUAUGUUGAAGAGGAUAAGAUUGAGGAUGUACCGUCAGAGGUUAUAGCGAUUGUUGAGGAUCAACCUGCUUCUGAUAGUGAAGAGUUCGAAAUAAAAUCCACUGAAAAACCAACUAAAUCUAAGAAAAAGAAGCCGACUAAAGAAAAUGUUAAAGUUGUUGAGGAAGAUAAGCCCGAGACCGUACCUUCUGAAAAAAUUUCUGUUCAAGAUACACAGCCUGAGGAUGUGAAUGAGGAAACUACCGUUGAAGAAAUAACAAUUACCGAAGAAAAACCUGUGGACGAAACCAAAGACUUCGAAGUAACUGUAAAGGAGGAACAAAUAAAAUCAAAGAAAAAGAAACCAACUAAACAAAAAGUUAAAGUCGUUGAAGAAGACAAACCUGAGGAUAUACCUUCUGAAAUAGUUACAGUCGAUGAAGUAGUACCUAAACCAGUUGAGGAAAUACCAACAGAGGAAGUUAACAUUGUGGAAGAACAACCAACAUCCGAAACAGAAAACUACGAAGUAUCACCAACUGAAAAACAAGAAAAACCAAAGAAAAAGAAACCAAGUAAACAAAAAGUUAAAGUGGUUGAAGAGGAGAAACCUGAGGAUAAACCUUCCGAUAUAGUUACAGUCGAUAAAUUAGUGCCUAAACCAGUUGAGGAAAUACCAUCAGAGGAAGUAAACAUUGUGGAAGAACAACCAACGUCCGAAGUUGAAGACUUCGAAGUAUCACCAACUGAAAAACAAGAAAAACCAAAGAAAAAGAAACCAAGUAAACAAAAAGUUAAAGUGGUCGAAGAGGAGAAACCUGAGGAUAAACCUUCGGAUAUAGUUACUGUCGAUGAAGCAGUACCUAAACCAGUUGAGGAAAUACCAUCGGAGGAAGUAAUUAUUGUGGAAGAACAACCAACGUCCGAAACUGAAGACUUCGAAGUAUCACCAACUGAAAAACAAGAAAAACCAAAGAAAAAGAAAACUGUCAAACAUAAGGUUAAAGUCAUUGAAGAAGACAAACCUGAAGAAACACCUGUAGACAGUGUUGAUGUUGCAGACACUGUGGAAGAAGUUAAUGAUCUACCAAUUACAGAGGUAGAAGAUUUCGAAGUGACAGUAACAGAAGAACAAACAAAAUCAAAGAAAAAGAAGCCCACUAAGCCGAAGGUACAAGUUGAAGAAGAGGUUAAACCUGAAGAUAUUCUUGAAGAACCAGUACAUGUAGAAGAAAUCGAAACUAAAACGGAAGUUAAAGAAAUUGUCGAUGACAAAGGUGAUGUGCAAAAACAAGUAGUAACCAAACGAAAAUUAAAGCGCCAACAGGGACCAAGAGAAGAUGUAAUCGAAAUAAUAGAAAUACAAACCGCUGACCAACCAGAGGCAGAGGUAACCAUCAUUGAAACACAACCAGUCAAGGAAGAAGAAACCACUAAACCUAAAGCACAGAAAAAGAAAGUGAAGAAGGUCAAAAAGGAUGAUUUGCAUGAUUACAUACAAAAAUUGAUUGAGGAAGAAAUACCCAAAACAGAAUUGGAAAAGUAUGAAAAAAUCGAAUUUGAAACUACACCAAAGAUUAAAAAGGAAAGCGAAGAAAUCGCCGAUAUCACAGUGGAAGAAGAAACACCACAACCAACUACGAAACCAGAGGCGAAGAAAAAGCCUAAACAUAAGAAACCACAACAAAGCGUUGAAGAACAACCACUAGCCGAAGUACGUAUUGUAGAACAGCCAACGGACGAUAUCGACGUACCAAAAGCACAAAUUAAGGUCAUAGAAACAGAAGAGCCCAUUGUUGUUACAGAGGAAACACCAGCUGAAAUUAAAGUCGAAGAGAUAACAGAUCAGAAAGGAGAACCAAUUCAACAAGUCACCACCAAACGUGUACUCAAAAAGAAAGAAAAAGGCAAAAAAGAUGCCACAAUAAACAUAAUAACUGUACAAGAUGAUAGUAGUCCCGAAGCUAUUGUCAUUAUAAGUGAAGAGCCAGAAACAGCGCCCACAAUACUCGAAGAAGAACAACCAGAACAAACUGUACAAACCAUAGAACAAAAACCAAAGAAACCUAAAAAGACAAUCAAGAAAAUUAAAAAGGAUGAACUAGAUGAAUAUGUGCAGAAAUUGAUUGAAGAAGAAAUACCGAAAGUAGAACUUGAGCAAUACGAAAAACCAGAUCUGUCAAUAGUAAAGAAACCAAAAGAAAAGAAAGAAACCACUAAACCACAAGACACUGAAGUAGUAGAAAAACCAGAAACACUCGAAGACAUUGAAAAACCAGAAAAACCUAAAAAAUCAAAGAAACCUUUUGAAAACCCCACAACCACUGAGACUACACAAGUCGAGGAAACACCACUUACAGACACAACAGACGAGGUAGUUACCGUAGUCGAAGAAACUACUAAACCCAAAACACGUAAACAGCCAAAACAACAACAAGAAAAGCCACAAGAAACACAGUUAGAGGACACAGAACCAACAACCACAACAUCGGAUACCACUGAUACAAAACCAAAAACAAUAAAACAUAAGCCAAAAGAACAAAAAAUCACUGAAGAUACAAGAGAAGAAACAGUGGUACAUAAGGAUUACGAAUUCAGCAUUGUGGAGCAGGAGCCAACGAUAAUCGAAGAAGAAGAAGAAGAGGAACGUCCAUUACAGGUGAGGAUCAUCGAAGAAGUGCCCGAGGUAGCGGAUUCCCAUCCGAUUGAAGUGAUAGAAGAGGAGCAGCCAGAGGAGGAGGAAGUAGAAGUGCCCACUGUGGGUGAGCCGGAGAAACCUAGAAAGAAGAAGAAGACUACGAAGAAAAAAAUCGACGAGCAUGAUCUCAUCAUACAAAAACUAUUGGAACAGGAGAUUGAAAAAACCGAACUUGAGAAAUAUGAGAAAUUCGAGUUUGAGAGGCCAGAAAAGGUUAAGGCCGAAUUUGCCAAUAUUGAGCCACAGAAAAUCAUACGUGAAGAGCAGAAACCAACGAAAUUGGUUAUUGUGGAGGCAGCAGAGGUGCCACAAUCUAUUAAGUUGAAGCCAACUAAACGCAAGCCAAAGGUAGCCGAAGAACAGACCGUGCAAUUGCCUAAAUUUAAGCUGAAGAGUCGUAUGGAGGUGGUUACAUAUCCGCCAGAAGUAUUGAUACCGAAAAUAACGGAAAUCGGGGCGACACGGGAAAGUGGUGAGCUUACGCGAAAUAUUGAGGAAGCUGAGGAAGUUUUGAAGUUCAAGCCACGUAAGGUAAAGAAAUUGAAGCCAAUUAAAGAUGAUUUGGAAAGACCACAGUUGGAGACAUAUGAGAAAUAUGUGAGCAGUGAAGAGGAAGCAGAAGAACCGACACCUUAUCAGAAACCUGAAAAGGCACCAAAGCCAGAAGAAAAGCCACAAGAAGUUAAACUAAAGAUAGGUAAAGGUAAGAAGAAGCCCAUUGUUGAGGAACAGCCUGAGAGUGUAACAUUGAAAAAGACACCUGAGAAACCCAAAGAGGCUGAAGUUGUCGAAGAAGAUGUUACCAAAAAGAAGGAAGUGGCAACAGUUACAGUGGUUGAAGAAACUGCAAAACAGCCCACUUAUGAAUUGCAGCCAUUUGAGCCAACCGACUUUGAACAUCCAGAAUACGAAAAGGAGGAAAUAGAACCCAUCGAAUUUCCUGAAGAACCGAAACCAAGCAAGAAGGAGCCCAAACAAAAGCAUAAGCCUAAACCCAAACCAAAACCUGAGCCAGAAGUAAAUAUAACCCAAAUCGUGCCCGGGGUGCCUAAAGAACAAGAAGAGGCACCUGAAGAGGAGGUUAAAUUCCGCAUUCCAGAGAGCAAAACACCGGAAGAAACAAAGGAAGAAGUCAAACUAAAACCAGUUAAAAAGGAAAAGGUAGUACCAGCAACCGAAGAGGAGGCUAAGGUAGUACCUAUCGAAGAGGAAGUUGAAAAAGUGCCUACAAUCGAAGCUGAGGAAAAAAUUGAGAAGAAAAAGAAGCCGAAAGCAAAGAAACCACAGCAAAAGGAGGAAGAAGCUGUUGAGGAGAAACCAGAGGAACAAUUUGAAAUCUCAGUUACCGAGGAACAAGUAAUUGUACCAGAGCAACCAGCUGAAGAAAAAUCUGCUGAAAUCAAGAUUAAAAAGAAGAAACCUAAAGAGGUACCAGUGGCUGAAGUACAAGUAGUUGAAGAAGUUCCUGCAGAAGAAAUCAUAGAAGAAACACCAGUUGAGUAUAAAAUUACAACCACUGUCAUUGAGCCCGAGGAAGUGCCAGAAGAGCAUAAAGUACGUGUUAUUGAUUACGAUCAAAAGGAGGUUACUGUAGAAGAAGUGGUUGAAGAAAGGGUGGUUACACGCAAGAAGAAGCCAAAACCACAAAAGCCGGAAGAAUAUGAGCACACGGUUACGGAACCCAAAGUAGAGGAAGUUCCAGCAGUGGAGGAAGUAAUUUCAACUCAGCCUAAGCAGCCAGAAGAAGAAAUUAUUGAAGAAGCGGUAGUGGAAGUUAAGGAAGUAGUUGACAUACCUGAAGAACCAGUUGCGAAGGUCACUGUGAAAAAGAAGAAGCCAGCUAAGAAACCUGAGGAAGUAACUGAAGUUGAAGAGGUACCUCUCAUCGAGGACGUCAAGGAGGAAAUAACAGAAAUAGAAAAGGUUGAAGAUGUUGUCGUUGAAGAAGUUAUUAAAAAGAAGAAACCAAAGAGCUACAAAUUUAAAAUAACUGAAACAGAGGCUGAAGAAGUGCCUGAGCAACCGGUUGAAGAAAUACAAGAGGAAAUUGAAAUACCUAAACCAGUAGAGGAGGAAAUUGUAGAAGAUUUCCCAACAUACGAAAUUACUACAACAGAUAUAGAAGCUCAGAUUCCACAGCCCAUAGAAGAAGUUAAAGAAGUUGAAGUUAAAGAGAAAAAGCCUAAAAAGGUGAAGGUAGCAGAUACCCCCAAAGAAUAUGAAGUUGGAAUAGUGGAAGAAGUAGCUGCACCAGUAGUUGAAGAAGAUGAUCAACCAGAUGGCGCAAUCUUCUCAAUCAAGAAGAAACCAAAGAAACAGGCUCCUGAAGAAUUUGAAGCUUCCGUAGUUUUAACCGAACCAAAACCUGUGGAAGAAGUUGAAACACAAGUGGAAAUAAAGAAGAAGCCAAAGAAACCUAAGACUAAAGAAGAAGCAUCUGCCGUUCAUGAAAUUAAGAUUAUUGAAACGGAAAUUCCAAAGGAAGAAAUUUUGGAGCAAGCUAUAGAAGAGGUAACAGUUAUCACAGAAGUGCCUGCUAAGGAGGAAGCGCCUAAAGAAUACCAAUUUGGCAUUGUCGAAUCUCAAGUUGAAGAAGAAAUUUCGCAGCCUGAAUUCACGGUUAAGGAAAAAGUAAUCGCUGAGAAGCCAAGAGAAGAACCUGAAGCUGAGUUUGUUGUCAAAGAAAGUAAACCAGUAGAAGAAGUCGUGGAGGAAGCUAAGAUAAAGACCAAAAAGUCCAAAAAGAAGCCAGCAGAGACGCAAGAAGUUGAAUUAAAAGUAAAAGUCACCGAGGAAAUUCCAGAAGAACCCACGCCAGUUGUGGAGGAAGUAAAAGAGAUAGUUACCGUUCCUGAAAAAAUUGUGACCGAAGAAAAGCCCAAAGAAUAUGUUAUUGGUGUUAAGGAGUCUAUGCCAGAAAAACCUGAACCAGUACCAGUUGAAGAAAUCGAGAUCCCACAAGAACAAGAGGAAACAGUCGAAGAAGCGCCAUUACAAGAGGUAAAAGUUAUUACAACUACUCCGAAAGAGGAAAUAACUAAAGAGGUAUCUGUGGUUAAGAAAAAGGUUAAAAAACCGAAGGAAACUAAAGAAGAGCUCAAGGUCGAUGUAGUAGAAGAAGUACCAAAACCUGUUGAAGAAGAAGCGCAGCCAGAAAUAAGCGCUCCAGUCCAAAUUGAAGAGCAAGUAAAAGAACAACCGAAAGCAUUUGAGAUUCAAGUUACAGAAACAGAAGCUAAAGAAGAAACCAUUGAAGAACAAAUUACCAUACCAAAGAAGAAAAAACCAACGCCUAAAGUUACAGAAGAGCCAGAAGCAAAGGUUACAUUGACAACAACGAAACCGGUGGAAGAAGUGCAAGAAGAGGUUAAGAUCAAAAAGAAGCCUAAGAAGAAGGCAGCCGAAGAAGAAGUUACAGCUGAACUUAAGGUAACGGUGGUAGAAGAAACACCUGUUGUUCCAGAAAUCGAAGAAGUUGUGGAAGUAGUGGAAGAAGUACAACCUGUACCUGAAAUUGUUGAAGAAGAAAAGCCAAAGGAAUAUGAGUUUAAGGUAACAGAAAGUGAGGCUGAAAAACCAAAGGAAGAAGUUACUGCAGAAGAGGUUACUCUUCCACAGAAGAAGAAGAAGCCCGUUCCACAAGUUCAAGAAGAGCCAGAAGUUGAAGUUAAGCUGACAACAGUAGAACCUGUUAAAGAGGUUCAAGAAGAAAUUAAAAUCAAAAAGAAACCAAAGAAGAAGCCAACAGAAGAAGUGGCAGAAGUUGAACUUAAGGUCAGUGUUAUUGAAGAGGUGCCAGCUGUUCCUGCUGUAGAAGAGCAAAUUGUGGAGGAAGAAGAAGUUAAGCCCACACCUCAAGUGAUUGAAGAAGAAUUAGUAAAGGAAUAUGAAAUUCAGAUUAAGGAAAGUAAGGUUGAAAAACCAAAGGAAGAAGUUUCUGAAGAACAAAUAACACUUCCGAAGAAAAAGAAACCCACAGCUCAAGUAACUGAAGAACCAGAGGCAAAGGUUACAUUGACAACAACGAAACCAACAGAGGAAGUACAGGAAGAAAUCAAAAUUAAGAAGAAACCCAAAAAGGAACCUAAAGUUGAAGAAGCUCAGGCCGAGCUCAAGGUGACUGUUGUGGAAGAGGUACCUACUGCACCUGAAGUGGUUGAAGAAAUUGAGGAAGUGGAAGAAAUUCAACAAAAACCGGAGGAAGAGAAACCAAAGGAAUAUGAAUUUAAGGUAACAGAAACUGAAAAACCAAAGGAAGAAGUAUCUGAGGAACAAAUAAUACUUCCGAAGAAAAAGAAACCCACACCUCAAGUAACUGAAGAACCAGAAGCAGAGGUUACAUUGACAACAACCAAACCAAUAGAGGUAGUGGAGGAAGAAAUCAAAAUUAAAAAGAAACCCAAAAAGGAGCCUAAAGUUGAGGAAGCUCAGGCCGAGCUCAAGGUGACUGUUGUGGAAGAGGUACCUGCUGCACCUGAAGUGGUUGAAGAAAUUGAGGAAGUGGAAGAAAUUCAACAAAAACCGGAGGAAGAGAAACCAAAGGAAUACGAAUUUAAGGUAACAGAAACUGAAAAGCCAAAGGAAGAAGUAUCUGAGGAACAAAUAACACUUCCGAAGAAAAAGAAACCCACACCUCUAGUAACCGAAGAACCAGAAGCAGAGGUUACAUUGACAACAACCAAACCAACAGAGGAAGUGCAGGAAGAAAUCAAAAUUAAGAAGAAACCCAAAAAGGAACCUAAAGUUGAAGAAGCUCAGGCCGAACUCAAGGUGACUGUUGUGGAAGAGGUACCUGCCGCUCCUGAAGUGGUUGAAGAAAUUGAAGAAGCGGAAGAAAUCCAAACGAAACCUGAAGAACCGAAGCCAGAAGAACCGAAACCAAAGGAAUAUGAGUUCAAGGUUACUGAAUCUGAAAAACCAAAAGAAGAAGUUUCUGAGGAGCAAAUAACACUACCGAAGAAAAAGAAACCAACUCCUCAAGUCACAGAAGAACCGGAGACCGAGGUUAAAUUGACAACAAAGAAACCAAUUGAGGAGGUUCAGGAGGAAAUUAAAAUUAAGAAGAAACCGAAAAAAGAACCAAAACCAGAAGAAGCUGCGGCUGAACUGAAGGUUACAAUUGAAGAGGAAGUACCACAAGAACUAGUACAAGUGGAAGAGGUGGAAGAAAUAGAAGAAGUGAUAGUGCCUAAGGAAGAAAAACCUGAAGAGAAGCCAAAAGAAUAUGAGUUCAAAAUUAAAGAAACUGAACCACAACCCGAACAAAUUGCCGAGGAGGAAGUUGCGUUGCCAAAGAAGAAACCAAUUAAACCGGAAGUAGUUGAAGAACCUGAAGCGGAAGUAACAUUGAAACCUAAAAAGAAGGUCGAAGAAGUGGAGGAAGAACUGAAGGUUGUAAAGAAGAAGCAAAAGAAACCUAAGGAAGAAGCGACAACCGAGUUUACAGUACAAGUUGAGGAAGAAGUUGUACCCGAACCUGUUGUUGAAGAAAUAGAAGAGAUCGAAGAGGUAUUUGUGCCUAAAAAACCAAAACAUACAGAAGAAACUGAAGAGGUUGAAGUGAAAUUGAAGAAACCUGUGCCAGAAGAAAUUCCAGAUGAUGUGCAAGUUGACGUUGUGCUCAAGCCGAAGAAACCUAAACAAGUUGAAACUGAGGAGUUCGCAGUCGACGUGCAAUUGCCUAAACAAAAGAAAACAACAGAAGAAACAACGGACGAAACAGUUGCGCUGAAAAAGAAGAAGAAGCCCAAGCCAGUUGUCGAAGAGGCGGCUGAUGAACUGAAAAUAACCAAAGAAGUCAUCGAAGAACGUCCAGUUGAAAUUGAGGAAGAAGAAAUUGUCGAGGAAGCUGUCGUUAUGCGCAGAAAACCGAAGAAACCAUUCGAACCAACCGUUGAAGAACAUGACGAACAAGAAUUUAGUUUGUCUUUGAAGAAACCUAGGCGCAUAAACGAAGGUGUGGCAGAAGAAGCAACAGUUUUAAAGAAACGUCCUUCACGACCAAUGGUAUUCGACGAAGCUGGUGCAGAACUUUCUAUCAAACGGGAAGAGGAAUACGAAGAGGGUGAAGAUAUCGAAGAAUUUAUCGUCGAAAAAGGGCCAAAACCAAAACCAUUGGAAAUAACCGAAGAAAACGAACAAGAAUAUACGGUUAAGAAAUUGAGACGUCGCAAGAAGGGUGUAGAAAUACCCGAAUUUACCGAUGUCGAAAAUGUUACAUUCCGUCCUAAAACGACAAAAACUAAAGAAGAUGUCGAUCAAGAAUUCAAUAUUGCAUUAGAUCAAUAUGCUGAGGAAGAGAUCUCAAUGUCCGGCAAAGUUAAGUUAAAGAAACCGAUAACUAAGACAUACUCUGAAGCGGCUGAUGAGGUUAAAGUCAAGGUCUUUGAAGAUUAUGAUGAUGAUGAAGGCCCUAUUAUUGAAGAGAUACGCGAUGAUAGUAGUAUUGAAGAUACCAUGUACGAUGUGGAAGAACCCGAAGAAUAUCAAGUGGAAGAAUUGCCACCUGACGAUUUCGAUUUCACGAUUAAACCAAAAUUAGCUAAACCCAGAUAUUCGAUACAAGAUGUGGAAGAGGAGCAAUUCUUGAUUGGAAUUCGUCGUCCGAAAAGCGAUUCGGUAACGUACGAUGAGGACUCGUUCACAUUCAAAAAGAAACGAAAGGUUGUGCAACAGAUUUUCAACGAAGAGGGCGCUUCAUUAAAUAUCACACGCGAAAUGAAUAUUGAAGAAACCGAUGACGAGAAUGCCAUGUACUCCAUUUGCAAUUAUAUCGCCGACAACGACGAGGCAAUCAAUUUGGUCGAGGGUGAAAAGGUUUAUGUCAUCGGACGGCACAGCUCAGAAUGGUGGUAUGUGAAGAAGAACAUAACCGAAGAGGAGGGCUGGGUACCUGCACAAUAUCUUAUGGAACCAGUCGAAUACCAACAUUAUGUACAGAAGAAAUUACACGAGAAAAUCGACAAGCUGCCAGUGUUUGAACGUCCCGGACCUGAAGAGAAACCUUUGGCACCACGUUUCAUUGAAAAAUUACAACCCAUUCAAACACCUGAUGGUUAUACCGUACAAUUUGAAUGCAAAGUUGAGGGUAUACCGCGUCCACAAAUCGCUUGGUUCCGUGAGACUGCCAUAAUAAAGCCUUCCCAAGACUUCCAAAUGUACUAUGAUGAUGACAAUGUGGCUACAUUGAUAAUACGCGAAGUAUUCCCAGAGGAUGCUGGUAAAUUUACUUGUGUGGCUAAAAAUGCUGCCGGUUUCACAUCAUCCACAACGGAACUGAUUGUUGAAACACCAUUGUCUGAUCAUGGUUCCGAUGCUACGGGCUUAUCGCGUAAGAGUCUGUCACGUGAGUCCUCACUAGCCGAUAUACUCGAAGGCAUACCACCGACCUUCUCACGCAAACCGAAAGCACAAUAUGUUGAUGAAGAUACAAAUGUUAUAUUGGAAUGUCGUUUGGUGGCUGUACCCGAGCCUGAUAUUGUUUGGACCUUCAAUGGCGAGGAAAUCGAUGUUGAGGAAACCAAAAAUAUACGCGUUGUUACCGAAUCUGAUAUGCAUAUGUAUUGUAGUGUUGUACACAUUACGAAAGUAAAGAAAUAUCAGGAAGGUACCUAUGAGGUGAUUGCCACCAAUCGGGAAGGCGAAUCACGACUGCCGAUUGUUUUGAAGGUACGCACUGGUGAUAAAGAACCACCACAAGUUUUGGAACCGCUACGUAACACUGUUGUGCGUGAGGGUGAGAGCGUCGUCUUAACCACACAAAUUGUGGGCAAUCCACGUCCUAAGGUGACCUGGUACAAAGAUGGCAAACCAAUCACAAAGAAUACUAAAUCUGACAAAGAUACACAUACUUUGACUUUGAUCUCACCGAAGGCGCCCGAAAGUGGUGAAUAUACUGUAAAGGCAGAGAAUCCAUUGGGCAGCGUAGAAACAACGGCUAACCUAACUAUUGAAGAACCUUCCUCCGGCAAUGCCGAACCACCGUUGUUCGUCGAACGUUUCGAGGAACAAUCUGUGCCGCAAAAGGGCACAAUCCGUUUGCCAGCUAAGGUGACCGGUAAUCCAGUGCCUGAGGUGCAAUGGCUUUUCAAUAACAAUCCACUUUAUCCGUCGCAACGUAUACAACAAAUGUACGAUGGUGAGAAUAUUGAGCUCAUUAUCAAGGACGCCAACCCCGAUACAGAUUCCGGUGAUUACAAGUGUAUCGCCAGCAAUCCGAUCGGUAAGACAUCACAUGGAGCGCGUGUUAUUGUCGAGGUUGAUGAGGUCACGUUCACCAAGAAACUUAAGAAAACCAUAACUAUCGAAGAAAUACAAUCACUCACGUUGGAGUGUGAAACCUCACAUGUGGUCACAACAAAAUGGUUCUUCAAUGGCAAAGAACUCAGCGGUAUGGAUCAUCGUGUAGUCGUCGAAGAUGGCAAAGUACAUAAACUAGUUAUACGUAAUACCAAUUUGCGUGAUAGCGGUACUUAUGUUUGCAAAGUUAAGAAUAAGGAGACCGAGUCGACAGUUGAAGUUUUGCCACGUAAACCUGAAUUCAUAAAAAUACUCGAAGACUACGAAGUAACCGAAAAGGAGACUGCAGUUUUGGAUGUUGAAGUAUCCACGGAUAAUGCUGAAGUCGUAUGGUUUAAGGACGGUGAAAAGAUCACACCCGAAAAGAAGAAUGUAGAAUUCGUCAACGUGGGUAAGGUGCGUAAACUCAUAAUACGUGACAUCACCAUACACGAUGAGGGCGAAUACACCUGUAAGUUAGACGAACAGGAAUGCAGCGCUGAACUCACAGUCAUUGAAUUGCCGCCCGAAAUUGUGAAACCAUUGAAGGAUGUUACCGUAACACAAGGCGAGAACACCGGUUUCGAAAUUGAAUUGAGCAAGGGUGAUGCUUUAGUUAAAUGGUUUAAGGAUGGCAAAGAGCUGCCUCUGAACGGACACAUGCAACUAACGAUCGAUGGUAAGAAACAAACGCUAAGAAUCGUAGAGGCCAAACCAUCGGAUGCCGGAGAGUAUACCAUACAAGUGGGUCCACAAACUUCAAAGGCACAACUAAUCGUCGAGGAACCGUUGGUGAACUUUGUAUUGCCAUUGCCUGAUGUGACUAUCGCCACGAAGGGUACAGAUGCCGAAUUCACAGUUGAAUUGUCACAACCUGAUGUCGAGGUUACUUGGUAUAAAAAGUCUAAACCCAUUAAACCCAACAAAAAGCAUGAAGUAUUUGUUGAGGGUACCGUUAGACGUUUGGUUAUACACGAUGCUGAUGAUGAUGAUAGUGGUGAGAUUAGUUGUACCGCUGCUAAUGCAACAACAGCAAGUAAAUUGUGUGUUGAGGAAAUUCAAACAUUACCCAUCAUCACCAGUGACAAGGACCAAACGAUUAAGGUUAAGGAGAAUGAUGAUGUUACGAUGACAGUCAAAUUUACUGGCACGCCAAAACCAGAUGCCGAAUGGAGUACAACAAAGAAUGUUGUUGUCAAGAAUAAGCAUUUAAUACCCACAUUAGAUGAACAAUCGGCAUCGCUUACCAUCAAGAAGGUGGUGGACGAUGACGAAGGUAUAUAUACUGUAAGACUGAAGAAUCCAGUUGGCGAAGUGGAAGCCACGCUUAACUUGAUCAUAAUGAGAAAACCAACGGCACCUGGUGCACCGGAACCUUUAGAGGUCACACACGAUUCUAUUACACUCUUCUGGAAGGCGCCUGAAGAUGAUGGCAAAUGUGAAAUCACAGAAUACAUUUUGGAAUAUCAAGACGUGAAAGAGGAGAGAUGGAUUGAGAUACGCAAAAUCAAAGACACCACAUACACUAUCAGCAAACUGAAAAUCGAUACGGAGUAUGUAUUCCGUGCCAUCGCUGUAAAUGAGGUUGGACCGUCACCGCCAUCACCACUCUCACCACCCAUACGCCUUGUGGCUGAGGUGAAGAAGGAAAAACCCACAGUACAAGAACCACUACAAGACAUCGUAACCGAGCUGAACAAGGAGAUUACAUUGUCUUGCGUAUUCGGUGGCAUUCCAGAGCCUAAGGUGACGUGGAAGAAGAAUGGUAAGAUUAUCACCACAAAGAGCAUACGCUAUGAGAAUCGUGUAUCGAAGUAUACAAUCGAGAAGACAACAAUUGAGACUGAAGCGACGUACACAUGCGUAGCUGAAAAUGAAAUGGGCAGCGUGGAGACUUCAUGUAAAGUUAUACUGCAGGAGAAACCGACCAUCGAUAUCGAUGAGAAGUAUCUUGCGCAGAAAAUACGUGCUGGCACCACUUUGAACAUUCCGGCCACGAUAGGUGGUUAUCCACAACCGAAAACCACUUGGUAUAGAGAGACCAUCGAACAAACAACCACAACGGAACGUGUGCAAAUCGAAACCACAGAAACCACCUCAACAUAUACACUCGAGAAGGUGACACGUGAAGAUUCCGGGCGUUAUAAGAUCACAGCGACCAACACUUCGGGUACGACGACAACGGAGUGUACAAUACAAGUUAUUGAUAAGCCAAGUCGACCACAAUCGCUGGAAAUUAAGGAAAUGAAAAAGGACGCAAUCACACUAGCAUGGACGCCACCAAUCGAUGAUGGUGGUCUGGAGUUGAAUAAAUACGUGCUGGAGAAAUGUGAUUUGCAAAAUAAUCUGUGGAUGAAGGUGGCCGAUUUGGAAAAAGACAUACACUCCUAUGCUAUACAAAAACUUUCCAUGAACGCUCAGUAUAUGUUCAGAGUCGUAGCAGCGAACCCGGUCGGUGAAUCUGAACCAGUUGAGAGUGACCCGGUGACAAUUACCAAGAAAUUCGAAAAACCAUCAGCGCCACGUGGUCCUACAGACGUCUUCGGCAUGACAGAUACAGCAUUUACGCUCUCAUGGGAACCAUCGGAAAGCGAUGGCGGCUCAAGGAUUAUCGAAUACAUUGUCGAAAUCAAAGAAUUCCAUGAAACCGAAUAUCGUCUGCUCGGCAGCACGAUCGGCAACGUUACAAAUAUACUCGUUAGCGAGGUGAUAAAGGAUCGUGCAUAUCAAUUCAAGAUCUAUGCAAAGAAUGAAGUUGGCAUUAGUGAAGCUCUAGAGACUGAAGACAAAAUAGUUGUAGGCCGCAGAAUAAUACGUGCUUGGGAGAAUAUAGCUCCUCCAUCGCCUCCGCAAAAUUUGCGCAUUCCGGAUGUGACGAAUCGCAGCGUAACCCUCGACUGGGAAGUUCCAGCGAACAACGGAGGCUCAGAAAUAACUGGCUAUUGUAUUGAGAAACGUUCGGCAACGUCGACCAAAUGGACAAAGGUAAUUACGUUAGACGCACACUGCCGCCAAUACACAGUGGAUAAUUUGAAGGAAAAAUGCGAAUACUGGUUUAGAGUGUCGGCGGAAAAUGCGGUUGGAAUAGGUGCACCAGCCGUAACCGAGAGCGUCGCACUCAAAACACAUGCAACUGUUCCCUCACCGCCCACUGCGCCAUUGGAGGCGCGCGUAUUGGCUGCCAAUGCUCAUGUAUUUGAAUGGGGUUUACCCGAGUCAGAUGGUGGUGCGCCACUGCUCGGCUAUCACAUUGCCAUACGUGACAUGAAGAAGACCAUGUGGAUCGAAGUGGGCCGUGUACCGGCCGGUGUGCAAAGAUUCCAAAUACGUGAUUUACAAGAGAAUCAUGAAUAUAUGAUACGCAUAUUUGCAAAGAAUGAAAUCGGUUUGAGCGAACCGCUCGAAUCGGAGGAGCCAUAUGUGGCUAUCACUGCAGGACAUUUGAGUUUACCUGACGAACCGCGCACAGAAAUGAGUUCAUGCAACACAUCGUCGUGGCUACGUGACCAUAAUAUGGAUGCGGAUAUACAUUCGUAUGCACGCGGUAAACUGCUGCGCCGAGAUGAAUACUUCUUCCGCAUUUGGGCGAAAUUGCCAAAGAGCAAAAAGAAGAAGAAUUCAAAAUAAUUAUAAAAAACUGCGAUGCAUUGCAUAGCUAAUUUGCAUAAUUUGCAAAAAUUGUAAAAAUCAUAAUAGAGAAAACAACAAAGCAAUGAAAGCUUCGAAACUACUAAUUUUACUAAAUCACUUAAUUUAUGUAAUUACUGAUAAUUUUCAUAUUUAUACAGCAUACUUUCCUAUGUGUGAAUGUAUGUGCACGUAAUUGUAAUAGUUUUUUGAAAAUGUUUUAUAUUCAUUCAGCGAUUUUAAUUAAUUGUAAUAUGUCGAUUAUGUAAUCUCAUUGAAAAUGUGUUACGCAAAAUAAUCAUAAAUCAUAAAUAUUUGUGUCCGACAAUUGAAAUUUUUCUACAGAGGUUUAAAAAUGCGAGCGAAGAGAAUUUUUACAACCAAUGGAUUGUGAAGAAUUUUAAUUAAGGAGGCAAAUAUUAACGUAAAGGAUAUAAAUACCAAUUUUAGAAGACAUAAAAUAAUCGUAAAAAAAUUUUGAAAUAUUUAAAAAAAUUAAUUUCGAUAU